GUCCCGUCGCGUCGGCCGCCACCGCUUCACCGGCCGCAUCGCCGUCGUCAUCGCGAAUCCAAACGCACUGCAAACGAAAAUAGUAAGUAUGUAGAGGGGGGGUGUGCGACGAGCACCACGUGGCGUUAUCGCAUCAACCGGGAGAGUCACGCCGGAACGUCGAGCGUUCGCCGUGCCGGCCGCGUUUUCCGGUUUCGCGCGAUGAAAUUUCAUUACGGGUACACGGGCGUCCGGAGCGGGGGCCGUGACGGGGCGCCUGCCCCCUCCCCCCCCUCUCUGGAUAUUUCGAAAUUUCCAACGUGACUUCGACGAUCACACGGUCGCUGUGCGUAACGGUUUCGUCGUGAUUCUUCCGUUUUCGAUUUUAUCACGCCCCUCGCCGCGUCGGCCCGGUCGUCCAAGGGCCCGGGCGGUGUGUUCCGGCUGCCCACGCACAGCCGUACGGUAGCCCGUCCCCGUGACGUCGCGCACGUCGCGUUUCAAAUAUUACCGCGGAACCGUCCCCGAAAGUCGAAUACCGUUGCGUGCUGUCUCACCGGCGUCGGUUUUAGAACGCCCGGUUGUUUUGAAACGUGCGGACCGGUCGUCGGCGCUUGAACGGUGAACGCCGUCUAGCGCCCAUCCCCCUCCCCCCGUCCCCCGCCCUGUCGAACGGACGUAUAACCCGACGCGAAUUCGCCGCGUGCGGAUUUUGUCGGGGGUUACACGUUUCAAACCGCGUACCGUGCCCCCAUCCCCGUCCCGUAAAUGUUUUUUUUUUUCCUCAAAAGUCACUCGUCGGCCGUAUUAUGUCGUACGUCAAUCCGCUUUGAAUGCCAUGCAAUUUCCGGGACCGAAACAACUCGCACGAUAGUCACGUGCGUGUUACCCGCGCCGGCGGCGAGAUAUUCGACCGACACCGGCAACGGCCCGCCAAACUCGAACGGCGCAACACGCCGUGCGACGUCAAAGGCCGGCCGAGUGUCGCGAGGCGGAAAAUCCCAUCGCCGGUAAACGGCAAACGCGACCGAAUACGACGACCCCGUAAUAACCCCGGGCGCGCCGACAGCCGGUUCGUUCGACGGCGGCGGAUUAGCGGGGCAGGGCGACGCGGCGAUCGCCCCGCCCUUGGGCUUUUUUUCCACCCGAACCGUUUCCCGCGUUUCACGGGCGCCCGAGGCCGUGACUGCGGCGGGGGGUUCGGGCGCGAAAAUAACGAUAGAAAAAAAAAAAAAAAAAAAGCACGAGCGUGUGCAGCGCGUAUCAAAGGAAUUACCGUAAACGCGCCGAACCCCCCCCCCUCCCAAAACACCCCACGCUGACGCCGCCGCCGCAGCCGCGCCACUCCGCCGUAAACGGCGUUCGCCCGCGGCCGCUGCUGUCGACGGGACGCGGAAUCGCUCGGCGCCGACCGAUUUGUCCGUUGCACGGCAAUUGGGUUUGUCCGUGCCGCGCCGUGCACAGAAAGACGAAAAUGUGCGCGGGUUGUGCCGUAAACCGACGUUGUUCACCGUUUCCAGGAGAUUACCCGCCUUUGUAAACGGGGUCCGUUAAUGACACGACGUUUCGCCGUGUGCGUACACGAUAAUAUUAUUGUUACGGCGGGGAAAUCCAUCACGCGAGUGUAGCUAUUUCUUUAUGUCCGCGCGGAUACAAUUAGACGAUUACGCGCGUUUGGACGGAAAACGAUAUUCUCGAAAACUCGGCGCGCAGCGAUCGGCGUAAAACAAAUCGUUAAUCAAAUGUUAUUAACGGUGAUUUUCGAACAGCUGUCAACGGAAUCCGAAUCGAACGAAUCGAUGUAUUCGUUUCGUUGGCUGAAUCCUAUUCGAAGGAGAAUGCGUUUAUGGGGGGGGGUUUUUUUUUUUUUUUUUUUGUUUUUCUCUCGUCGGAUCGACCGAUUUGCGCCGGCCCACGAGCGCAAAGAAAAUAUAUUCACCGCCCCUUCGCCAUGACGGGUUCGGGGGGAAAAAAAAAUGUUUAAAAUCAAUUAAAUUAUUGUUUAUCAUAUUGUAAAAUAUACGGGAAGCGUGCGGCCAUUAUACAACGCGACGUACGGUACGAAUAAUAAUUAACGGAAGGGCGAAAGGACGGACCGCAUAAUUUAUUAAUAUCGUCACUUUGGAAAAUCGCCCCGUUGACGCGUACGGGUGAACACUUUGGACGCGUACAAAGUCAAUUGUAUAAAUGCCGGUGUUAUUAUUAAUUAUCGGUAGAGGAAAAAAAAAAAAUAACAAUAAUAAUAAUCGCCUGUAAAGAUAUCACGCGAAAUCGGAUUGGAGGCGAUUUCGGGACACGCCGGAACGAUUGGACAUUAAUUAGCCGACCCGGCGAUUAUUAUCAUCGGGUACCCCAUAGGUUUCUCGCGAUCGUGACGUGUUUUUGGUUAUCGAUGGUUUUUUUUUUUUUCGUAAAUUUUCGGAAAAACGCGUGAACGAAACGGCCGGUACAAGGUGUCGGGGAAUAAUAAAAAAAAAAAAAAAAACAAAAACAAUCUAUCCGAGAGAACUGUUACAGCGGUACAAACAAAGUCAAUUCGUUUUUUUUUUGUCGUUUUUUAUUUAUUUAUUUAUUUUUUUUUUUUUCAUAAGUGGCCCCUAAAACUUUGCCGCUCCGAUAAGCUACCCGCUCUGCUCGACAGGUAAACCCGUCGGUGAUAUAGGUACCGUGCAUGAAACGACGGGGUUGACGUCGAGGACGGCCGCCCGCAAAGUCAAUGAACAAUUCGUCGGGCGUGCGGCUACAAGGGGUCGUCGAGUGUUCGCGCGAGUGGAAACGGUUCGACACAAAAUGGAUUUAUUUAUAAAAAAAUACAAAUAAAAUGUCACUCGCCCGUCGUUGACACGUACAAAUAAGUAUAAUACAGUAUAUAUGCUUUAUAUACGUAUAUAUACCCACCCACACGGAGUGUCGCCGGCGUACAGACGUAAUUUAUUCGGUGUACGGAUAACGUGUAGAAAUUACACAAUACAAAUGGCAGGUAUCCGGUAGAAAAAAAAAAAAAAAAUCCGCACAACAAUAUAUUAUUUACUCGAAUUCGUGUACGGACGUUUUACGGGAUUUUUAUUUUCCCCCUUUUUUUUUUGUCGUUUUUUAUUUAUUUAUUUUUUUUUUUUUUUUUUUUUUUUUUCCAAUUAGCUGCGCGUGUACGGUUUUGUCGCGCGAAAAUAUGAUCGCGGGCACCAGGAGGGCCGGGCGCUAACGCGUCAAUUUAACAUUCGGGUUGAUUCAAUACUGCCGACGUGUUUGAUACUUUUACGCCGGCUUAAUAACUGCGAACUCGUUAUAUCGCGCCCACGUGAUAAAUGGCCGGGCACAUUUACGCCGCCGAGACGACUUCAAUUGUAUUCGAUUUACGCGGUAUCGGUACACUGUGUACGCCUCUGUGCCACGCUAAUCGACAGCCGCGCCGAAAUUGGUCUCUCAGUUUCUCGCGGCGCCGCGGGACGAUUAAUUUUACCAUCCGCCGGCACUCACACGCUCCCUCGGUGAAUCCCUGCCCGACGAACGGCCGAAUCGCGUCCGAUUGUUGUUUACGUUUUGAUUGCCCAUCGAAAAUCCAAAACCAAAUGUUGAAAACUGUUUGAACGGUAAAAACAACACAAUUGGUUAUUACAAACCGUGUUUAAAAUGUUACGUGAGCGCGACGGCGGAUUUAGCUUUGGCGCGCGCACACGCGGUAACCGUGCCGCAAUGAAAUUAUAGCGUAACGAACGUUGACGUUUUUCGUUUGCCCGCUAACCAAACGUUUGCUUUUGCGAACGAUAAAUUAUGGACGCGUUGUGUUAUACGCAGGCGAUCGGGUUAACGUUAUUCAUUAAAUUGUCCGGUCGUGUUUUUCAGAAGUUUAAUAUUGUUCUCGACGAGAAUAAGAAUGCGAGUAUUGUCGAUUCGGCGCGGCGGGAGUUGUUUUUUUUUUUUUUUUCUAAUCAUUUUGAAUCGGUCAACACACAAAAUCGCCCCCCCCCCCCCCCUCGCGAAUCGAAUAUGUCGGAGCAAACAUUUUUUCGUACUCGCGUAUAAUAUUAUUGUUUUUUAAAUCGCGAGUCUUUUUUUUUUUAUAAUUUUUGUCUUUUUGUCAAUUCUUGAAUUCGUUCGAGUUGAAAUAUAGAACUGCAAAUAUUUCUCCCGACCCCGAUUAUUUUUUAUUUUCAAUCCCUCGGUAUUGUUCUCGAAGUUUGACUCGACCAAUUGCGUUUCGGAAAACAAUACACAAUCGAAAUAAAAAAUUCCAACGAUUGUACCUUUAUGUGUUUAAUAAUGUCUUAAACAAUACGAUUAUAAUAUUUUCGUGUUUUUUUUUCUUUUUUCUACCGUACUUUUCAUCGUUUCAAUGAAUCAUUUGAUUUUUUUUUUUAUAUAUAUCAUAUACAAUUUCUUUAAACGAAUUAUAACAACUCUGGCAGUAUCUUUAUUAUCUGUCUUUCGAGUGUUAAUUAUCCAAAGAAUUCACAACGGAAUCGGUCCUUUCGUGCCUUCCAUAACUACCCAAAUUCAGUCCUGGGCCCACUGUGCAGUAGCGUAUUUAUGAGAAGAUAAUGGGGAUAGAUUCCCUCCAUACAGGACCUAGGGGGGUAAACUGUUGAAAAUUUAAAAAAUGUAUUCAAAUAAAGUAUUCUCUGUCAAAAAAAAAACAAAAACCUAUCUUAAGAAAACUACUAAUAGCUUCUUCGCUAUAAUUAGAAUAAAUUCGUCAUUCCUUUAUUUGCAAUGUACGAUCUAUACCUAAGGGUUAUAAAUUAUAAUUAGUAUAUGUGUGAAGCUUGGGAUGCAUAAUACGUUUUUAUUACAUAAUCAGUUAAAAGAUAAUAUAAAAAACAUUUAAUAUUUACUUAAAAACUUUUAUAUGAGAAGUUACCGCCCAAUGGCACUCCCAAAACGCUCAGAAUCUAAAAUAUAAUUCUGUACACAGAGAGAAGUAGGGACUCAACACGACCAAACACAUUAUCCACUUCCCCCCCCCUUUAAAAAAGAAAAAAAACCAAAGUCAAAAUUACGCCGUUGUCCUCGUGGUGUCAAAACAAUAGUCCGAAUUCCGUCUCGUGCGCGUGUCAUUUACCUCCAAAUCCCGUCCCGUUGUACAACGUAAUAGUAACAUUUCUCCUAGCAUUUCUUCUAGGCUUAUCAUUUUUCGAACGAGAAUGACUUGAUAAAUACUGCUAGUAAAAAGGUAGUUUAAUGAAAAAUAAUUGUACCCAUAGAAUAAUCACAAAAUGCUUUUUUGAAAUUCAUUCCUCAUCGGAUUCGAUGAAAAGAAAAUCCAAAAUAAAAAUUUUAGAAAUACACUUAUCUUGGCGUUACUUUUGCGAUAGUUAUAGUUUAAAUCCGAUGCUUGAAUUUUGUUGCACUCUUACCCCAAGUGAAAACGACAAUCAAGUAUACUAGAGUGUGUUUAGCAAAAUUACAUCGAAUGUUAAAUGCCGAUUCAAAAUCGUCAUGAAGAAGAAAAAUCAAACCGAAUUCUUCAAAUUUUUUUUAUCAAAAGAAAUUCAAAUGCGUACUCGUAAGAUUUGCAUUGUUUAUUUUUAUACCCGACAAUAAGCCAAAAAAAAAAAACCUUUUAAACAUUCCAACAAAGCUGUCAGUCCUAAGCUUGGAAAAAAAAAAUAAUUUAAUAGUUAAAUACCUGCAAGACGGAAUUCGGAUGUUUUAAACAGUGUCUAUAUACCUUACAAACACGUGUUGUCGCCAUAAGGAUACUAACGAUCUGUUUCCAGUUUCGUUUAUACCCAAAAUAAUAAUGCGAACCACAUGUCUCGCGUCCAUAUGUGUCGUUGCGCUCCAGACGUGUCCGUUUUUAUAAACGUUUUAUUUUCGUCUGCGCGAGUAUAAAUAGUUUCGGUAUCUUAUGGUGUACACCGUGCAGCGGAAACUGCAGAAAACUAAUCAUUUUUUUAGAACAAUAACAUUUAAAUUAUAAAAUAAAAUAUGAUCGGAACACUGCAGUUUAUGUGUAACUAUAAUCUCGUAGAAAAUUAUUAGCGAGUAAAUAAAAUCCUGAAUAAGAAUACCCAUAGUCUGUACACAGUAUACAUAUAGACGCACACAGGAGAGGGGGGAGGGUUCUAAGGGUGAAAACACCCCAGGCUUCAAAUAAGCAUCCUCUAUUUUCCUGAAUAAUUACUUAAUUAAGUAAUUAAUUAAUUUUACUAUUUCGCCAAUAAUUUGUAAAUUAUCGUGAUUUAUUGAUUUGGAUGAAAUAUUAAUUUUUUUUGAUACAGUAUCUAACUUGACCAUACAAUUUCACGAAAUUUUACUGCAAACAUUUGCAGUAUAGAAAAUUAAAUGUUGUAUAACAUUGAUUAGCAAUUAUAAAUUACAAUUUUUUUUUUUAUAUAUUUUAAAUGCAUAAUAAAUUAUGCGAACGAUCUAUUCUUGUAUAAACUAUACAUAGUUUAGUUGUUUAAUAUAAAUAAACAGUAUAGCGAUAUUAUGUUAUAUUAUUAACAUUUAAAAAAUUUAAACUUUAUAAUUAAGUUAUUCAUUUGUUUAUAUAUACAAGUACAAUUAAUUGAAGUUUUGGUUUAUUAUAUUUCUAAACAAAUUUGAAACUAUUGUAGUAUUAGGGGGUGUGGGAGGCAAAGCCCCACACGGAUAUUUGUACCAUAAAUUAUUCAAGUACUUCUUAAAUUUACACCAAAUGUGCGCCUAUGAGUAUAGUGCAUUACAUACUUAUUCUUAUGGAACAAAUGUAUAGAGAAAUUCUAAUAAAAACACUGGGACGCAUUGAUAUCGAAUAAUAUUAUCGUAAGAAGCUUAAAUUAACAGGAUCAUGAAUUCCUAAAUGAAGGACCGUCCAAGAAAAAAAUUACUAUGGGUUUAAUCGUUAGCACUUGGUAUAACUAAAAAUUAGUCACCGUUAAAAAAAUAUGUAGCCACCACUCCGUUCAUUAGAUAUGGUCGUUUGAAAAAUUACGCGUGACGUUACCACAUAAAUUUCCACGAGGCGUGCUCAUUUAUACUUACUUGAUUAAUCACUUGUACAACUCCGAAAAAAAUCUGUUUGCAUCUAAGUGGUUUUCCUAAAAUUGUAUACGAAAAUCGUAUUGAAAUAAUCAAUAUUCAAUAUAGAAAACGAGUGUUUUAUCUAUGAUUUAUAGAUCGUUUUUUUUUUUUUUUUUUUUAACAUCGCUCGUCAAAAUGGAGAGCACACACAACGAUAUAAUUAAACAAAACAAAAACCUGUUGAUAGUUCCAGAGUACACUGGUGUAGCAAGUGAAAACUUAGUGCCUCCUGAAGUGGUGGACGGAUAACGUGCAACGGGCUCACGGCCUCACUUGACCGAUAUCGACAAAUACGGUUUUAAUUUUCAAAUUUUUAACUAUCGAAAAACAUUUGUAUUUUUGGGGGAAGGGGGGCACGUUUAAAUUAAGGCGUACUUGUUAUAGUUAUAAUGUCAACAUCUUUAAUAUAUAUUCCAUCCAUUAUAAAGUUAAGUACUUAACAAAAUAUAUGACGUGUUAGUAUAUAGAAUAGUCUAAAAAAUGAUAAACUGAUAGAGCAUAAUAUUUUGUUAUAAACAUUGCAUACGAAAGUUUUUUUUUUUUUUAUUAAAAGUCAUAAGCCACUAGAUAUGAAAUUUGGUUGACCCGUGCCUUUUGAAAAUAGGCACCCUAGGCUGCCACCGUAGACGCGCCUAUGAAUGGUCUGAUACAUGAUAGGUUUAGAAAACAUAACGUGAUACCUAAACAACUUCUAUACGUGAGUUCUGAUGAACGCUGAUGGCGAAACAUCCCAAACGAGGAAGAGAACCAUUAUAAAAUAUGGAUAAAUUGUCGAAUCUAUGCUAACAUUUUUACUUCCAAUGCACACAGCCACUUUUUGUUGCCAAUUAAAAAUCGCACUCUUGUCUCUUUCGAAUAAUAUUCCGCACCGGAAGGGUCUUCCGUCCAAGAACACCGAGUCAUGCUGCAGUGGUGUUGUUUGUUUACAUAAAAACAGUACGCAUUAUCAAAUAUUAUCGAAUAAUCGAAAAAUAUUAACGAAUAUUGUCUAUAAUAAUACGUAUCAUGUACUUUGGCACGCGUGGAUACGAAAAAUAUCGCAUCAAUCGGUAUUUGGAGGAGAAAUAUCAAUUGCGUAUCGCCAAAGGGGAGGGAAAAAAUCACAUUCGUUUAAAAUAUUCGUUAUUAUAAAUAACACCCCAAUCUGAAUAAUCUUCGUAGGUGUUCUUUUGCGGGGCUCUGCGUGCGUCGGACAAUAGUCGAAAUUAUACGACUUUAAAAUAGGCGGUGUUAAGCUACGAGUCCGCGGAUACUUUUACAUCAAAAACCGUUCAGAAAGUAAAAAUAUUUGAAUUGUAUUUCGAAUUCUUAUAGUUCAUAAACAAAUACUGAAAAAAAAUAUCUAAUAACUAACAGCGUAAUACGUACAUUAUAGAUAAAACACACGUUUUCUAUCUGUUAUUUCAGUAAAACUUUGGCGUCGAAUUUCCGGAUAACUUUUUAACUUUAAUAGCAUACAAUAUGUUAACAGAAUUUUCCGCCGGGGCCGUAGAAGUGACCUAUAUUAGAAUAGACGACGGACCGCGAGUAUGUGGAAUCCGUGAUACAACAAACACAUCAUAUUUUGUUCACCAAAAUUCAAUAUUUAUGAUAAUUUAUAAUAUUUCGUGAGAAAAAAACGCACUAAUUUUCCUCAUUGGAAUCAACGGUCUUUAACUAUAGGCCUCUAAAAAUAUUAUACAUACAUAUAACAUACAAAGCUCAAAUUUUAAACGCCAAACGAAAUUGGCCAGCGCUCUAGCCUUUUAUCUUCCACGCGUAUAUAUGAAUCGGAGUUUAAAUAAAAGAUUUCCGCAGACGCGGGGUAGGGCGGUUUGCGUGUUCAACCCUCCGCCCUCGCGUGGGAUCAGGGUUACGGGGAUCAGUUCAAACAAAUAUAGUAGCAGUGGUGGAAUUAAGGAGACCUAACCACCCCCCUUGACAGUUGUAGUUGUAAUAGUACGAGUUAAUAAUUAAUAAUAAUGAUUAUGAAUUGUCGUUCAAAUUGCGGUUAGAACAAUUAUUAUUACGAUACCUAGUCGAUAAUGUUGUUACUUGAUUCACUCAGCAGGGGUGGAGUGGCCCAUCUGGAAAUCCGGAUAUUUCCAGAUGGGUCGUUACUCUUGAGAAAAUAUGGGCCAGCCACAAGUUAAAUAUCUUAUCCUAUAUAUUUAAUAAAAUAUAUUGAAUAUUAUUUAUAAAAUAGAUAAAUUAUACACGCAAGUUGGGGAAAAUAUUAAAUAUAUGGACCAAUGUUCAAUUAUUUUUCAAUACGUUUUCAAUAAAAAAAAUAUUACAAAAUAUGGAAAAUUACUUUACAAACAAUAAUGAACUACUACUUAAUUUCUCUUCAUUAUCACCAACAAAUUUUGAUUAAUUUAAUAAUGAAAAUGAAAUACCUAAAAAUGCGUUUACUAAAUUAACUGUUAAGUCAAAACCAUAUCUUGAAGACAGUUAAAAUAAUAUUAAAAUGGAGCUUUCUGGAAAGUUAUUAAGCUUUUCAAAAUGUUUGAAGUACUUAAUAAAUACGUAGACGAUGAAUUUAAUGAAGGGAUAUAUUAUUUGAAUAGCGACUCAGAAAAUGAAGAUGAGGGAAAGGACCUGUCAAAACCAUGCAAAAUGUAUAAAAAUUGUGCAAUUUGCAAUUAUAAUGCAUUAAUUAAGCAUAAUCAUUCUUCAUAAAUAUUAUAUUUAUAAAAGUGUAGUAUACCGAACCUGUAAGCUACAUAAUAAUUUGCGCAUAUUUAUUUAAUCAUUUUAAAAAUGAUGUUUGUUGGUUUUUUUUUUUGUUAUAAAUUAUAAAUAUUAUAUAAGUGUACUUCUAUAUCUUAUAUGUUUAUGCAUUACUCAAUUAUUUAUCAUGAAUAUAUAUAAGUGUCUUCUAAGUUUUAAGUAACCAUAUUUAUGUUUAAUUUUCAAUAUGGUUUAGCUUACUUUGGAGCAACUAUGAUUUAGAGUCUGGGAAACUAACAUUUUUGUUUAUUUAGCCCUGUAAAGAGUUUAACAUUUUGUGAUACUUAAAAAAAAAAUUUCGAUUCCGAAUGGAUUUUUGGAAAGAUCGACGUCAAAAUAAUAAUAUUUCCAGAAAUUAAUUCAGAUCACACUCCGCCCCUGCUUGAUUAUUAUCUUUAUCUGUAUUUUACAAUUUCGCCCCCAUUCCCCCCCCCCCAAAAAAAAUACCACGAUAUCCACCACUGAAUUGUAUAAUCGAUAAAAAUAUAACAUAAUAUAUUAUUAUUUCAUUGAAAAUUAUAAAACGGUAUUAACGCUUAUUUUUUCGACCUCGCGAAAUUUUCCCCCGCGUCCGCCCCUGCCGGCGAUUAAUUGCGUUUCGCUAUUUUCAAAACCGUAAUAUUAUGAAAUCAUAAAAUCAUAUUUUACCAUUUUUUUUUAAAAAUUUGUUUUUGUGUGUACGGCGAAUAUAAUAUUAUAAUAACAACAGUUGGUUAACAUACGUACAAUAUAUUGUAUAGGCACCGGCGAGAAAUAAUAUUGUGAAGGACUAUACGUUUUCGAUUUCUCCGGUGAUUUCUAAUUUCUAAUAUAUGACAGUACACGCCUAACCCAUUAUAACAAUAUAAUAUACAGGGUACAAACACAAUAGAAUACCUAUAAUAUGCACCUCCCGGUAUAAUAUCGUAUUGUAUGCGUAUUAUUAUUGUUGUAAUAGAUGUACCGACGUAUAUGCCGAAUGCCUCCGCGUGUCCGUUAACUCAAUUGGAAAUUGCAUAUUUCCCGUAAUAAUUAUUCGACGUAAUUGUAUUAUUAUUCGCCUGUAUACGCCCGUACGACAAUAAUAACAAUCAGUAGCGGAUUAACGGAUCCAGAAGUCGCCCAAGAAGGGGAGGGAAAAUUUUUGAAAAAUGAAAUUACCUUUUUUUCCAAUUUAACAUGUAUUGGAGGCCAAUUAUUUGUAUUAUUUCUAUAAAUUCGUGAAAUUAAUGAUAUACGAGUAUACAACUACACGAAUGAACGAGUCGUAUAAUAUAUUAAUAUGACAUAUGUACCAGCGGCAUAACUACGGUGGUGGGGGGGGGGAGGAUUGGAUGUCGUAUCCCCACAACACUUUUUUUUUUUUUCUCAAAGACUGGGGAACUACAUUUAUGUACUUAUUUAACUAUAAAUAUUAUUAUCUAAUAUAAUUUUUAGUCAUUAUUUUAUAGAAAUAAUAAAAAAAAAAAACCCGAAUUCCCCUAUGCUAGCUGUACAUACUGCCCUGCCAAAGUGAUUUAAUGUAUAUCUGUAAGGAACGAUAAACCAUUACUAACGAAAAAACGAUUCUGAGCGUUGAUUAUGUUGCUUUGUCAAUCGUAUUACAGUAAAAUAAUUACAUGUGCAUUAAUUAUAUAUUUUCUCUAAUAUCGUACCUAUUUUUCCGUUUUUCCCAUGUUUUUUCUCGGUUUUCCCAAUUUAUUGGAAAAAUCAAAAAUGACCUCCCCAGAUUUCCAUUUAGAAAAAGUGUUACCAUUGUGAAUCGGGACAACAUUUCUGGUAGAAAAAGUGUCUACAGAAAAAAAUACAUAAAUAAACGUCAUUGUAAAACCAAUGCAUUUCUCGCUCCACACAGUAUCUAAAACUGUAAAAAGCUAAUAUUAUAAUUUAUACUUCAACCCCACUCCCCAUUACAUAAUCUUAGCUAUGCCACUGCGUAGUUACAUACAUUUAUUGCACUAAAAGGACUAUUAAGGAUUAUUGCACUAUGACAUUACCAAAUUACGCCACUGAUGGGUACGUAAAAAUACGUUUAUGAAAUACAAAAUACGCUUUGUCUUGUACAAAGACAAUGCGUAUUCUGCUGUUUUCCAACAUAUUCUGUGACUAUUAUUAAUUUAUUAAUAGUAAUUGAACGGUUUCCGGCCAUAUGCAAUGAGAUAAUCAGAAAAAAAUUAAAAACAAGUCUGAUAUUUCAAAAUUAUUAUUUAUUUAGAAAUAUUACGGGACAAAGUAAAUUUUUCUAUUUAUGUAAAAUAUAUUUUUACAAGUACCUUUCGUUAGUAAUCAAAUAAUACCAGUUAGUAAUAAUUUAAAUAAAACGCACGGUGGCGAAUGCCCCCGUCCCGCCCCGCCCCCCUCCCCCCGUGGAUCCGCGCCUGAUAAGAAUAAUAAUAUCAUUGCGGUACACGAUCGAUAACUGCGCGAUAUCGAAAAGCGGUGUAAAUGCACGCGACGCAUAACCCGAGCUCUCGUACAAAACGCCACCCGAAAUGUCAGCCUGUAGUAUAUAUAUAUAAAUUUUUUUUUUUUAAAAAUCAACUAAAAUAAAAUUUAAUUUCGCGAAAAAUCGUUUAUUCGGUGUAGUGAUAGUGAUACAUGGUGCCGUACUUACAACAUGUGCGCGGCUGUUCCCUCUCCGGGAAAUCAUUAUGAACGAAACCCCACCCGCGAAAAAAAAAAAUAAUAAUAAUAAUAAUAAUAUAUCCCGCGUGCGCCGCUGCACGUCGCACUACGCGUCCGUAUCCGAGUCCGAGUCUGUUCAGGAAAAAAAAGCCGAGAAAGAAUAGAACGGAGAAAGGACAACUGCGCUGGUCGUGACGUAUAAAUAACACGCUCGACUCCGGUGCGCCGAUGCGGCGCCCGGUGCCGCCCGGCGCUGCGUGCCUACGACGCGCGCGUGUUUCCGUCUUUUUACGCGUGGCGAUUAUCGUUAUCGUUGCCGGCCCGUAUAUAAUUCAACGUUGCGGAGUGUCGCGGCGAUAACAUUGUCACGGGCGUGCGGUAUACGCGCGCGCUACCGCGAUGCGUUUAACAAUAACUAUAACAAUAAUAACAAUAAUUAUUAUCGUUAUUGUUUUUAUUAUUAUCGUUAUCAUCGCAUUGUAAUGAUAUACGGGACCGACCGCUCGCGAGCGCCCUCGCCGGUCCGGUAUCACAAUACCGCGGUCACGCACACGACAUUACGUCCGCGUAAUAAUCGUGAUAAUAAUCGUAACGGCGUCUUAUAGUGCCGCGGCCGUUUUCAAUUUCGAACUGCAUUAUGCGGAAAAAUCCAUCUAUUCAAACAACUAAUUAUAACGAUUCGAAACGUAUAGUACGAGUUCACAAAUGAACAUGGUCCCAUAGCCGAUAACAGUCGAAUUACACACUCGCUGGUCGCUGCGGCCCGACGUGGGGUCAACAAUAAAAUGGUCGGUAAUAAUAUAACAAAUUAAAUCGAUACGCGUCGGUAUUCGUUUCCGAGUCGGCUUAGCUAUAAUAGCAGAGUUCCGUAUUCGAUUUGAAUAUCGGUCGCAAGCUUUCGUAUUCGAACCCAUCACGUAUUAAAAAUAUAGAGACUGGCAUUUUUUUUUUUUUUUUUUUUAACGCGCUAUAUCGUGUGACACGAUCGUGCGGACGAUCGAACACACGAACCGCGUUGUUUCUAUAAUAAUUUUGGUACUCGUCUUCCAUAAUCAUCUAUAACGGUCAGUAUAUUACGAAUAAAACUAAUAUCCGUUCCUAUCGACAACAUUCGUCGAUAAAGCUGGACUCGGCUUACGGCUCGUCUAAGUUCGGUAUCGUAACAAUUGGUGCAACAAUACGUGAAAAUACAAAAUUUCGGAAACGUGUGAAUAUGGCAAAUAUUCUACGGUCAAUCGCUAAAAUGUCGCUAAAAAGGUAUAUGCUCAAUCGUGCUGCACCGGCAUUUUUUAUAUCCCGACAUAAUCGUAUCCCCGCGAUACACGGUCCGCGUGUCCAGAGUCGAGUCGUAUAUGAUGGCAGUUAUGAAGUCGAUUCCCGAUACUUACUUCGUAUACUUAGCAGGGUCAGACCAUACGUCCUGUUUUAUGCAGGAUUGCACUUUUCUUCAUCUCGGCGUCCUGUUGUUCCGACGAAUUUCUUUCAAGACGCUUUUUGUCCCGGUUUUUAUGCCGAUGUGAAUUAUUCCGUAUUGAUUCUAAUUUGUUUUAAUCAGAUAUAAAUAAUCGAUAGUUCUAACAUACACAGAUUAAAAUUUUAUUUUAUUUUUGAAUAAAAUAAAUUUGUUGACGAAAAUAUUCUUUAAAGAUUAUUAUGACAGUGAUUGCGAUUGUAUUCAUGAAAAAUAAUACGCACAAGAAUCGGUACCGCGGUGUUAAUACGCAUCUAAGACUUUUUAUUAUUUUUUUUUUUUCAUUAAACAUUUUUUAUUAAUAAAAUAAAUAAAUUAAAGUAAUAACAAAAAUUACCUACACCUUUAAGCUAAGAUUGCGAUGGCGUAAGGAGUUACAGUACACAUCCAUGAUUAAUUAAUUUGCAUAACAUCAUAAAUAAUAAUUAUGAACCAGACAAUUAGUAUAUUAUAUUUAUCAUUAAGCUAAAUAACAUUAAACGACCUAUUAAACAUAUAUGAACAAUUUAAUUUUAAAAAAUAUGAAAAACAUACAUAGUUAUCCAUAUAAUAUAGAGUAUUUAUUAUAAAAAAUAAUAAUUUUACUAAUAUAUAAAUUAUACAUUUUCAAAAUUUCAAAACUCUCAAAAUAACAUUUGACAAUUAACAAUUUAAAUUUCAAAUUCCUAAACUAUGCAAAUUCAUAACUUUUUAUACAAAUCGUAUUAAAACUUAUAUAUCAAUAUUUGAAAUGAGACUCGGUGCGUUUUACGCACCAAAAACAAAGCGGCUCGAAAUGCGCACCGAAUGAACUGCAUUUAAAACUGCAAUUCGCGCGAUGGAUGAACCAAUAUUGUAUAUGAGUAGUUGGGAAGGUAUAGGAUAUAGAGAGGAAUUCAAUGUAUAUCUGUACGCAAUGAUUAAUCUUUGCUCGGGUCCGGACAUUUCGGCGUGGGUCAAUCUCGGCGUAAAGAUUUUUUCAUAAAAUGAUUUUAAGCAAUAUAAUAUAAUAAAAUAUAAUUUUUCAAAAUUAAUUUUUGGGAAAACACAUAAUUUAAGUAUUUUAAUUUUUAAUAUUAUAUCUAUAGGUUACCUAAUUAUAUUAUUAUAUUUUUAUACUUUUAUUAAUACUGUAUAAUAUAAACUAAACAUGACAACGAAUAUAAUAUGUUUAAAUAACAAAAAUAUCAAUUCUAUAAGUUAAAUUUUAACAUAAAUAAACGCCAAAACGGGCCUAUGCCGAAAUGUCCUAGACCGGUUUUUUCUCAGUUUUUCUCGUGUUUUUCCCGAUGAUUACCAAAUUAUUAUGAUAACAGUUGUAAAAAAAUUACCUCCUUAAAGUAUCACCACAGUCAAAUUUAUUUUCAGGAAAAAUGCUACACUUGAAAAUCGGAGCAAAAUCUCUAGUAGAAAAGUUGUUCAAAUAAAAAAAAAAAAUAAUAUACACCCGUGUAAAAUCAAUAUAUUCCUCCCUCCGCUUCGAAUCUAAAAAUCAUCGAAACGCAAUACAAUUCGAUAUUUCGUAUAUUUUAUAUAUUAAUUAAAAUGUUUUUUUUUUUGUUUUGUAAAUAAAACAUUUUAAUUUAUUUUAAUUUUUUUCGAAAUAUCGAAUUUUUUUUUUGUUAUUAAUAAAUAGACCCUCGGCAGCAUAAGCCAUUGGGCCGUUAGUUUACAAUUAUUGUACAUGAUAAUGACAUAUUAUUGUGUACUUAUUCUAAUUAAUCUAGUUUAUUAUAGGUUUUUAAAUCUUGGUUUAAAAAAAAAAAAAAAAAAACCUAUAAUAAACUAGAUUAAUUAGAAUAAGUACACAAUAAUAUGUCAUUAUCAUGUACAAUAAUUGUAAACUAACGGCCCAAUGGCUUAUGCUGCCGAGGGCCUAUUUAUUAAUAACAAAAAAAAAAAUUCGAUAUUUCGAAAAAAAUUAAAAUAUUUUAUUUACAAAACAAAAUAUAUUGUAAAGAAUUAUCCGUGUUCACUUCGCUCAGACACCAUGUCCAUUCUUGCAGGCACACACGCCGGUCGUCAACGAGUACGAGGACACUGCUAUAAUAAUAAAAUGUGAAUUUUUUUUUUCAUUACUAUUAUUGCUUCUGUGUUACUGACAUUUUAUGUGUAUCUACUUAUAUCUCACAUAAAGACGUGACAAACAUGAUCUGCGGUAAUUCGGUAUUCGAUAUUCUAUGGGUUUUCUGAAUUUCUUCUCUAUAAUAACACACGACGGAAUAUUUUAGAAAAAUGCGGGCCCGAGGCAUGGCUUUUAAGCUCCCAUCCCCUCCACCGUUGUAUGUAGGUCAAUACGAAAUGUCUGCUUAGACCAUAUUUUUUUUCCACUUAUGUAUUAUAUUAAAUAUUAACCAAUAAUCAAUUGUUACGUUCAACCGUUCAAUCGUUAUUAUAAUUACGAUAACCUAUUCAGCGGGGUGUUGGAAAAGAUUAUCCCAAAUUUCACAUGGUGUGUUAUUCGUUUUUUUUUUUUUAUUUUUUUCUACUCCCAGAACGAUAUUAUUUAUGAACAACAUCGUAUUAAGUCGUUUUUCUUUUUUUUCGAGGUGAAAUCCGUGUGCAUUUCGCUGUUUAACUAUUAUGGUAUGUAUAUAUAUAUAUAUAUAUACACGUACCGUACCAUGUCAGUUAUUAUAACAAAUUUAUUCAAUUUUACGGUACAACGGCCCGAGCGCAUCGUAAUUAAUGGCACCGCACAAUUAUAAUUAUAAUACCUACCGAGAAUUAUUUAUUACGUAGGUUUUAGACACCGAACGUCCCGUGAAAUAUUUCAGUACUCGGGCAUUCACAAUAUUAAUAGUUCAACAUGUAUAUAAAUUUAGAUUUUGAGCUGGUCGAAGAAUGUAUUAUUGGUUUUACUGUGCGGUAUAUACGUAUAUUAUUAAACACAGUGCCUUUUGCACGAUUUGCAGAGAAUUCUGCCCCCAUAAACAAGUUUUUGACCGGAAUAAUUUGCUCCAAUCAAAAACUUUGCGUCGAAACUAUCAGAUUAUACCUAUUUUGGAUCUAGUUGCAUUGACGAUGUCGUAGACCAUGAACGUCUCCAUUUUUUUCCAAAGGGGAGGAGGGAUAAAACUAAUUUGAAAAAGAGACAAUUUUUCCUAUAAAAAAUAUAUAUAUAUAUAUAUAUAUAUUUCAAGUAGGUAUUUAACUCUUUUAUUACUAUAAUAUUAUUUUUCGUUAAAUACCUACGAGUUUUUUUAUCUAUACAUGGACGUUCUCUACCGAAUUGCGUUAAUAAAGAACGUUCCGCUCUAUAAAUUGUAGCUGGUAAGGACAUAAAUAUUUCUUAAACAAUCGCUAUACUUGGAAAAAAUGUACAGUUACUUUUUAACAAACCAAUAAAGUCAAUGUCUUGAUAAUUCCGAUUUUACCAAAAAUUGUACUAACUUUCUGCUCCGGCUUGUAUAGAUUAUCAAUUUUGUAAAAAUAGUAAUUCAAUGCUUUUGAAUAAUACGCUUUUCUCAAAUUAUAUACAAUUUGUGGGAUGAAGAUAUUGUAAUAAAAAAGCAUUAUUAUUUUCUUGUAUGGAUUCUUAUACCGGUAAGAAAUCACGAUAUGCUAUUAAUCAACAAAACACAAGGGGAAGACAAUUGCCCCUUCUUGCCACCCCUCCUCUUUGAGAUGCACAUGUUGAAGGCGAGAAUUUGAGUUUGUAGGAUAUAGUAUAAUAACAAUAAUAAUGUGUUUGCAAUUUGCAUACCCACCUAAAUAACGUAAUCUUGUUAUAACAUAAUAUAUAGUAAACUUGCAUAUUAUUAUAACGUCACAAUUACUCAUAUACACGUAUAUCAAAUAAUUUGUAAACCACCUAGAGUAAAUGUAUCUAAUGAGAGGGGGUUGUACAAGUGAGUUCACUAAGUAUCAUUUACAUUACAGAGUCAAUAACACGUUUAACAGCAUUAAAGUUAUCGUUUUGUUUAUUUUGGUAUAUAAUACAAUUAAUAUAUGUUUGUACUAUUAUAGAGCUUUGAUUGUGAGUAUCUUCUGAGGUUCUUGAUAGACAUAAAUGUAACUGGUAAAAAUCGAUUUCUACAUUAAAACUCGAAUUAAGGUACUUAUAGUUACAUUUUAAAUAAAUUUAAAUUCGAAUCGUAUGCUUGAUCCUAAAUAAUUAAGCCAUUAAGUCAAGUUAUAGCCUAUGAAUAUCGUGGUCCGGAAGAUGCCCAUGUCAAAUCAUUCGAACAGUACGCGCCGUAAACUUCCCUGUCGAAUUCCUGCAUUGUUCUUUUGAGUUGAAUAAACGAUCGACUGAUUAGUGAUUAUAUCUCUUCUUUUUUUUUUUGAGUGCGUCAGUAUUUUUAGUAACUGUUGCUCUCCCUCUAAUAUUCACUGGGUCUAGUUUUCACUGUUUACUUUUUUUAUCGGAACUUUAAUUUUUGUUAUAUCUCGUAAUAUAAAACUUAAAAGUAUUUAAAAAAAAAAAAGUCUUCUUCAUGAGACGGAGUCUUUAUAUUAUUUUUUGUUUCGUAUAUUUAAUUAAUAAUGCAUUACGAUUUAUAUAAUUAAACGUAAUUUUGAUAUAAAUUCGCUAUUAAAUUAAUGUUUUACUUAUGGAGAAUUGCUGAUGGUAAAAUAAAUAUUGGUAUUUUAAACAUUGAAUAUGGAUAAAUUAUUGUGUUCAAAUUACGAUGUUAAACACAGCCCAACUUAUAUUAUCAGAAUAACUCAAAUUCGAGUUUAUUUAUAUUAAAUAAUAUAAUCCGUCAAAUUUUCUAAACUUUAUCGUACCCUUUCUCAAUUAAUUAAUUUUAAUUAACUUCGGAAAAUAAAUCAUAAGUAAACUCCCAUUCGUCCCGCCUUUGUCCGUGAACUGCCUGUUAUAUUCGUGGAUGGCUUCGAUAGUUUGAAUAAAAUGUUGAUAUUUUUUCGUGCUUUAAAGCAUUUGUAAAUCAUUCUUAAAAUUUACAGAAACACUAUUUCUUCAAAUCUUCACGAUUCAUAAUACGAACAGGAGGUAAAUUAUAUAUUUGUGCAAUUCAUAGUAUUAUUCUAUAAUGUAUAUUUAUUUAUUUCAUGAAAAAGUUUCCCCUGAGGCAAUAGCCUAUAAAGGUACAAAAAAAAUACAAAUACAAACAAAAAGAUAUAUGUUGUUUAAAAAGUUUACAAUCUGGUUAAAUUUAUUAGAAGUCUUUGUCUUAUCGAAAAAAGAAACUGUUUAUUGUUUACAAAAUACCGUUUAUUGUAAGUUUUAGUAUAAGUGUAUGUUGUUAUGGACGUAAGUUUAACUGAUAUAAUGUUGAAUAUUGUAAAUGAAAAGUUAGAAGAUAGAAUACAUGUGCAUAAAGUUAUUUCUGUGAGAAGCGAUAAAUCAAUACUAACGAAAAACGAUUCUAAGCGAAAUCAGUUGAAACAUGUUUUGAAAUUACGUAAUUUUUACGAUUUUCAUGGAAAUUUUAACUUUAAACAUUUAUGAAAAGAAUUAUUACAUUGUGCUUAAUUUUUUAUUUUUUAUUUGUUUUAUCUGUAGGCAAGUACAUCCUAUGUGGAAAAUUGUCCAGCAUUUCUGCUUGGCGUUAAAAAUGUUGUCCACAUAAAGCUCAAAAAUCGUCAGAAUAUUACACAACCGUAAGUAUUCGAUAGAUUUCGAAAUAUUAAAUUCUCUAAACCGUCGUAAGUAAUAUUUCAUCAUUUAUACUUGUAUAUACAAUAUUCUUUAUUAUAUAUUCUGGUUGACGAAGAACGAUCUAACUGGUCGAUCUUCAGAGUUCAGAGUUUAGGUAGCUUUCACUUUGAACUGCUGCUGAGUGAAGGACGCGCUCGAACAAACAACAGAAUGACGGAAAAGAAAAUACAGUAAACAUAAUAUAUGUAUUAUACAGGGUAUCCCACCGUGGCCAACGGAUUUUUCUAGAGCUAUUAAUAUUUGAUUUGUUUAAUUUUUUUUUUUUUAUGUGUGUGUGUCAAUCUACUUUUUUCUGACAUCUAUUUAGAGAAAAAUGACAUUUUUAUUUUCAUCCCCUAAUCACAAAAAAAGAAAUAAUAACUUUAUUAUACAUUACCAUAAUUCACUUUAUAGCAUUUUAAAAUGAGCCAUUUUGUAAAACAUAUUGCAUUUAAAAUUUGAACGUAUCAUACAUUCAAAUCCGAUUAACAGUUUUUAAGUAACAGACAUUUUAAUUUCUGAUAUUUUCAAUUUAUAGCACAAUAAAUCAAGUCAUUCUUGUUAUUACGUUACGGGGUAGUUUCGUUUUUAACACCUUUUCUUCUGGAAAUUAAAGCGGCUGUUCCUAAGAAACUAUUGAUCCGAUUUGAAUACAUCGACGGUGUUUUGUUAAAUUUCACCUUUUUUCAGGAAGCGAAAAAAACAGCAAAACACUUUUUAAUGAUGUUUAUCAUGGAAAAUGAUAAAAUUACUCGUACUCAAAGUAUACAUGCAUUGAAUGUGGUAUAGAUUCUUUUAACAAAUCAGUGUUGAUUUAAUUAUAUUUUUAAAAGGUUCCUGAAUAUCUUUUAUUCGGCAUUACUAAUUUAAUUUGUUCUAUUUAAAUACGCUAUUUUACUAGUUAAUGCUCCUAAUUCUUCUGAUUUUUUUUUUUUUUUUAAUACCCAAAAACAUAUUUUUCGAUUUUCAGUACUUUAUGCCGUUUUACCUAAACACCAUGAACAUUUUUCAUUCAAAUUAUUAGAAUAAUAUAUUUUACAAAAUGUAUUUUUUGAAAAUUUUGUAAAGUGAAUAAAUUUUAAUAUUUUUUUAAUUAGAAAUCAGGGAAUGAAAAUAAAAAUGUAUUUUUCUCUAAAUAAUAAGUGUCCCUUUUAAUGAAAAGCGAAUGGAAUAAAAGUUGAACAUUAAAAGCUCAAGUUGAACUCCGUUGAACACGGUGGGACACCCUGUAUUUAUAUAUAUAUAUAUAUAUAUAUAUAUGUAUGUGUCACAUAGGUAAACGGUCAAUGCACUCUAAUAAAAAUAACAACGCAAAAUCGGUUCUACCAAAAGAAAAGUUGACGUUAUCCAAUUUACAACGUUAUCGGAAACAUAAUAUAUAAUAAUAUAUUUCCUACUCGUUAAAAAAAGAAAGAAUAAAUGUCAAACUUUACAGACGAUUUUGUUUUUGUAUUUUCGUCGUUAUUUAUCUAAAGAUUUUUAAAUUUUUUUUGUUGUUUUAUCAUGUAUGUUAUAUAUGCGAAGUUAUUGACGGUACCCAAUAUUCUGACUGUGCGCCGCGUAUAAUUUUACGAGACCAUAUAAUGCACCCCGCCUUUGAUAACCGCUCAAAAUCGACGUGUACAAAAAUGACAAUAAUAACAAUAAUAAUAUGUUAGUAAGUAAACAGAGUUUGCAUCGAUCGGCCGGUAUUUUAUGCAUUUUAAAAGGGAGUGGGAGGAGGGGUUGGUGGGGUUGAGAAAGAAAAGUAAGGAAUAGAAUUUCCAUUAUUCACGGCAGUGUAUUUUUAUUGUACUGUGGUAAAAGUAAAAUAAAUACGUCACUAACCCGAUAACUCUUAUAUAUCAUACUAUUGUAACAUUGUUUGUGUUUGCAGUCUUCCUACGCAAAUAUAUAUUACAAUCGAAUUAUCAUUUUAUUUUUUCUCGUUAUUCUUUUUCAAAAUGUGUAUACUUACAAUCUAUUAUCCAUAUUUUAUAAUUAUAUAUAAGUACAUACAUUAUAACUAUUUAUUUUUAUGUUCACAUAGGUCAUGAUGUACGUGAAUACUAAAAAAACAAAAAAAAAGUAAAUCGGAAAUAUUAAUCCAGGCCGGUGUGGGUACGCGACUGUUCUAGACGGAAAGUCGGGAAGGUGUAUGAACGUGAAUAGGCAAAUUUAUUUUUAACGCAAACGAAAAACAAUUCUGCGUAAUGUAGAUUUAAAAUUCAAUUUGAAAAUCGCAUUAACUUUUAACUAUAAAAAUAAAAACUUAUUCCUAUUUUUUUUUUUUUUUUUUUAAACGAAUUUUAUCGUCAAUUCAAACUUAUAACGGUGAUAACAAUAUAAAUUACAAAGUCUUUGUUUACACAAACCCGUAGUGACAAACUAAAUGACCUCCGAAUUUUCAAACAGCAGUAAAUUAUUUUAAAAAACCGGCAAAAUGUUUUGAAAAUCAUAUCGCUUCUAGAAAGUACAAAUAUAUUAGUAUAUUCGGUGAAAGUUUCAGGUGUUUACGAUUAUUUCUCACUGAAUUACAACGAAAAAAAAAAAAUCGAAAACACCAGAAACCAUAUUGUUACGUAAAUAUUCCUAUUUUUCCAGGGUUUUCAAAUUAUUAAGAAAACUUUACGAAAAACACAAAACGUACCUCUUGAAUGCACCAAUUGAACAAAAUUCACUUCCGGAACGGCCCCUGAUGUUAAUGAUUAUAAAAGGAUUUUUGGUCGAAAAAUUGUCAAUAGAUCGUACAAAUAUGAUAUAAGAGCUGAUACUGCUAAUGAGAGUGCUAAUGUUAUGGGAAGGAAGUACAGUGGUAUAGUGGGGAACGUAAGCUACAUAAAGAUAUUUAAUAUACAUCCGUAUGCGUAACGAUAAACCAUUGCUAUCGAAAAACUUUUCUGAACGAAGAUCGUGUAUACGUUUUUCGAAAUACCGUAUAAUUUUUACGACGUUCGUCAAAAUUUGAUCUUAAAACGCUUAUAAAAGAAGCUACUGUACAUGCUCAACUUCCUUUUUUUUUUUUCUAACUGAGUACAACUCAGUAUAAUGAACUUCGUAUUCAAUUUUCAAACAUUUCUGUUUUAUCCACAUAAAACCAAAUAAAUAUUUUACAAAUAAUCUGAAAUUCUUCGUAAAAAAUAAUUCACGGACAGAAUAAACAAAUUUUAAAAAAAGGCCCACCACAUACAUUAAAACCCAAUACAUUCCUUGCUACCUCAAAAUUUAAAACAAAAUAACCGUGUAAAACUAUUUUUUUUAAUUUUGAGUAUGUAUAAUUGUAUGCUCGAGUUCAAUACAAUUUAUUUUAAGAAUUAUCGUAUGCGUGAUGCAGUUAGAGAUAGGUAACAAAUAUUAACUUGGUUUUGUAUUAUUAUUGUUGUACAACCCAUGUAAAUACGAAAAAUAAUAUUUAAUACAAUAAAGUGUGUCUACCAGAUACUAUGAAUGUAACUUGCUAUGCUUUCCAAGUCCAACCUAAACAUUAUUUACAGUUCUCUAGAAAAAAAAAAAAAAAAAUGAAUAAAUAAUUGCGUUUGUUACGUACCUAACUUAUCAAAUAUAUCACGUUAUUACGUACCUAUAUAUUACUAUUAUUUUGAUUGUAGGACUACCUAUUGUAGUAAUCAGUUGUAUUUGUUACAGAAAAAACAUUUAUUAUUACAACACAGGUCAGGUUAGGCGUUAGGUUAAAGAACCGUUCGAAUGAUUGUGUACAGAUAUAAAAACAACGCUAUGACAAUACAGUGUAUAAUACGGUCAAAAUUAUACAUAUAACUAUUGAACGACUAUAGGAUUUUCUGGUCGGAUUAUAAUAAACAAAAAAGAAAUUCUCAGCGGAGCUCACAAUACUAGACACGUAUUGUAUACUUGACGUUCAUUCCGAAUUUAUCGCCAAUUAGCUGUUCUGUAUCGUCUGGUAUACGGUGAAUUAACCAUUUUGGUUUAUACUGAUUUUCUCCGGUUCAUACUUCAAAACAAAUAUUUCAUGAAAAUUAUUAUUUAUUAUUCAUAAUUCGUCGUACGGUUUUGUCGGUUUAGUAUUAUGAAAAAAAGUUAUUUUAGAUAUAUUUAAAAUACUGAAACAGGAGAAAAUCCAUUAUAAUUUAUCACAAAAAAUUAUCCAAUAAUUUUCAAGAAACCUUUUUUGUUUAAUAAUUAGUAUUAUAAACCAAUAUAAUACAAUUUUUUUUUCUACUAUCAAUUUGACCGUAGACCAAUUUGUAGCCACGAUCAAUUCUUUGCGACCUGCAAUUCACCGGAACCGUUUCGUCUAUGUUUGUUCUUGUAACACACCGAUACCUAGCAUGUCCUCAAGGGGGGGGGGCCACUCCCAUAAUAAUUUUUAAUGUCUAAAAAUUAUUCUUGUUGUCAACAAAAUAAUAAUGAUCACAAUUUUAAUUUAGAGUUAUCAUCAUUUGAAAAAACUAAUAACUAUACGUAGAUAGCUUUAUGUGUCAUCCGCGUCUCCAAGGCGAAUAUAUAAAGCAAAAAUUACGCAUACAGUAAUUAUUGAUUUAAAAAAUAGAUUCCCCCCUCCCCCCCUGUAAAAUUGUCUAGGGACGCCUCUGAUCGAUGCAUACAUGUUUCUAUGAAAACGCUUCUCGUGUGCUGAAAUACUGUCCAUCGUAUCGAUUUCGUUUUGUUAGUGUAUAAUUUUAUUAAUUGCUAACUAUUAUUUCAUUUUGCUUGUAUAAUAAUAUGAUGUUCAUCAAUUUUUCUUUUUAUCUCAUUUUUAUCUUUGUUUGGGUGUGUUUCGUAUUGUUUUUUUAUAACUUAUCGACUUUCGUGUUAAACGCUACUGUAAUAAUAUUAAUGAGACUAAAAAUAAUAUAAAAUUGCUCGUGAUAAUAAAACGUAUUAUGUAACUUUGCAAAUUUAAUUCAUUUUGUUAAGUUACUUAUGUUUAAUUGAAACAAAAUAUGUUAAGUUGACUACGUAAAUAUAAUAUAAUUUUCAUUAUAUUAGGUGUUUUUUUGUUUUUAUCUAUGAACACAAUUUUCUACCGUUAAUCAUGUUCCUAUUUUCGAAUGUUGGAUCUUUUUUGAUAGUAAAUUUUGUCUAUAUGAUUCAUUGAGCGAGGAGUCACAUAUUUACAGUUUUCUUAAAACAUCAGAAAAAAACGUUGAAAAGAUUUAUGGUUACUGCCGUAGAUUUUUUGUUGCAUGUAGAUUUUUUUUUGUAAUUCCGUUAAAUACAAUCAUUGAUAAAUAAUCAUCAUGCAAUUUCACAUAAUAUCAUUAUAAUCCUUUUCUAGACGUGCUUAAAUUUCCAAAACAUUUUGUCGAUUUUUAAACUAUUUAUAAAUAUUGUUUAUUGAAGUUGUUGAGAAUUUGUUUUAGUUUGUUUCGGUUUUAUAUGGAUACAGUUGUUUUGACCGUAUUUUAAAAUCAUGUACGAGAUCAUCAUAAGUUAUACUUGAUGGUAAAAAAAAGAAAAGAAAAGUAUAACGUAUUUUAGUAGUUUUUUUAUAAAAAUUUUAAAAUCAAAUUUUGACAAAAGUUGUAAAAAAAUUACGUCAUUAUAACAUGCGUUUAACUGAACUUCGCUUAGUACCGUGUUUCGUAAGCAAUGAUUUAUCGUUGCAUACGGGUAUAAAUUAAAGAACUAUGUAUCCUACGUCACUAACUUUAAUUAGAUUAACAAUAUUUCCGAUCGUUCUUACAAAAUUUAAUUAACCAGUAUUGUAUCUUGUGCUAUCAAAAUUUCUCCACUUACAUUAUAUAUAAUAUACGUCAUAGAAAAAAUCCGUAAUUGUAUUAUACCAUAAAUCACAAAAUACAGUCUCUAUUACCUCAUAUAUAGAAGUUGCGUGCAAAGUUUGAAUUUCGAUCAAAUUGUAAUGAUAAUGUGACGUAAUGCGCCAUAUAAGAAUAUAAGUAUGCGUUUUAAAACGGAAAUAUUGAACUCCCGAGUAGCUAUUAUAUUCGAUCGGAGUUUUCUAAGCGUGUUUAUAGAUUUACACAACGGUAUAUUCUCGAAAAAUUACAUUCAAACAUUUUGUAAAUUCCUAAUUGCGGAGAUGGCAUAGGUAUAAUGAUAAUGUUUUAUAUAGAUAGGUAAUUUUUCAAAUUCUCAGUUGAAUGUAAUAAAAAUGAAAAAUUGGCGUUAUAAAUCAUAAAGCGAGCGUUUGAAUUAUUCAAAUAUUGUACGCACUUCACUUGUAAUUUGUAUAUACCCACUAAUAAAAAAUACAUAAAAAAACAACCGUACAAUGGACAAAUAUGCUUCGUAUGUGAGAAAAAAAACUAUUGCCCAACUCUGUAGCGUGCAAUAUAUUUUUUACAACCUUCUUUAUAACUUCCAUUAGUAUUUAUCUUCGUUUUCUUCCCCUUGUCUUCCAUCGCCGCUGAACUUUGUUUUUGUACCGGCAUAUAAUGCGAAAAGUGUAUGCCAAAGUGCCAAACAUCGGAUAUUGGGGAAAUCGAGGUUAAUUCCGGUAUAUGUAUACCUGUGGUUUUCCCAUUGGAUUUUCAAAAUUGUUUUAAUUCCAUAUUUAACACCAUUUUAGAUUUUAUUUUAUUUUAUUUUUUAGUAAAUCCCAAAAAUAUGACCAAAAGACCAAGACACGAACCAAAUCGAAUCUAAAAUUUAUUUCGUUGUCAUCUACCGCUGGCGUUGUAUACGAACCUAAAACAGAAUCACUCGGUUGAAUUGUUAAUAGAAUAAAAUAUCAUAAUCAUUACAUCAAUUAUGAUAUAAUGUAAUAAAAUACAAAAUUUAAAUUAAUUUGUGUCGAGGAUUAGGGAAGUGCGGAAACGAUGAAGCCACCGCAUCUUACAUAUUAUCUACCUAAUACAAAUAUUAGCCCCUACACUCUCCCGUGAAAUUUGAAUAGAUUUCCGCCUGUGCGUUUAUAUUAUAAUGAACUAAAAUACCUAACAUUCACCUCAAUUUGUCCAGUGACGGUGUGCCCAGUCGCGUAAUCUCGGCGGAUUUAAUCGGGUCAGCGGGUCUUAAAGAUGAUUUUGUACCUUUUACUCUGUCAUUAUGGGUAGUGCAUCGUAUAAAUAAAUACAGAUUAGCCUGUUUGCCCGUCGCCUCCUGAAUACGUGACUGACUUUAUCCUACACGUGACAAUAUGGCCAUAUCGCGUAAUCGACUUGCCUUUGAAACAACAGUCGUAUACCGACAAAACUAUUUAUACAUAGAUAGUUGAGGUGACAGUGCAAAGAUUAUACAGUAUAUUCACUUCAACAUUUUACUGUAUUUAUGACUAUAUAGCAUUUUUUCGUAUAACCAGUGCUGUGCCGUAACUAAUUUCAGACAAAGGCCAAUAAAAAAAAUGAUAAUUAAUAUUUUCCGCUUACAAAUAAGAAACACAAAUGAUGUGUUUGUGUUCCUUUUUGAUGGCGUUUUAGUUCAAAAGAAUUGAAAAAUAUAAAUAUUUUUUCAUGAUUUUUAUAUACUUCUUAAGUAUUUCAAUAGCUUUUUCACAUAAACGAAGUUUAUAAUUUAUAUCAUAAUGUGUAUACCUAAUAUAACGUAUUAAAUUGAACUUGUUUUUAUUAAUAAUUGUGUAGAAUCAAAUGCAUUUUCCCGCAAAUAAAUUAUUGGAAUUUUUUUCAAUUGAAAAAAUAUCAUAAUAAUAUAGUGUUAUAAACUUUAAUGAAAUCGUCAAAAAGGUUUUAUGGUAAACGCGUUAAAGGAUAAUCGAAUAAAAAUAUAGGCUUAUGAAAUUAUUUACUGGUUUUAUAUAGGUUAUAUUUUUUUAACCUUUUACAAAUUUUUUAACGGAUUCAAUUAAUAUUAUAUUGUAUAUUUUAACAAACUUUAAUAUUUUUAUCGUAAAAAAAUGUUUUUGUAAAAAUAAUGUGUUGUAAAAAAAAAAAAAUACGUUUUAAAACUUUCCAAAUACAUAUUUUAAAAAAAAUGUGUUUUAAUUAUUUUUAUUUAGUACAAUAGUUUGUGUUUAAAUACAAUAGCGAUUAUUUAUUUUUUACCUGUUAAAAAUAUUAUAAGGUUAUAAUAUCACUUAAAAAAGUAUUAUUUUUAAUACUUUUUUUUUUGACAUAAUUUACUACCAGGGAUAUUUUAUAUUUUGUUCUUAAGAGGCUGUGAUACCCACGUGGUAUCCUUCCCGCGAUCCCCGUGAUGAGAUUUUUCCAAUUUUUUUUCCUUCGAAAGUUAUUUAUUUCACAAUGCUAUUUUUUCCAAUUGUGCAUUUUAAAACACGAAUAUAAUAGUAUAUGUUUUAAAUUUUUUUUUUCACUGAUGAAUAUUAAUUCCGAAUUUAAUUAUUUAUUAAAUUAUUAUUAUAUUAACAACAAACCGUUUGUGUAUAUGAUUUUGUGUACCUUUUGGGUAUCACUUUUUGAAUUUAUUGUAUUUUAAAAAAAUAACAUUAAGUAUAAGGGUUUCAUUUUUUUUUUUUUAUCAGCAAUUAUUCACAUAUAAUAGCUACAAAGACCGAACAUCCUACGCGGUAAUCGUCCACAAUUCAGCACUGUGAAAUAAUAAUAAGAAUACCUAGGUAAUCAGAUGAAUAAUAAAAAAAAAAUUAUACUCAUAGUAGUAUUAUUCAAUUUCGCGUUCAAAUCGUAUUAUAAAUGUAUAAACCUAGUUAAUGGUUUUGUUGUUUAAGUGUGCAGGUAUACGCCUACAUCGGACCAGUUGGACUAAUGGCCUUAGUACCGUACCUCCGAUGAAAUAUGAAUAAAUUAGUAUACAACAAUAUGUAGACGACUAUGUAUAAUAUGAAUGCGAUCGUCGUAGCAACGUUACACUAAAAAACCACUAGUUCUUAAUUAGAUUGCGUUUGAAUUUUUUUUUCCUUUUGCUCUAAAAUAAUUUAAAACCAAAAAAAAAAAACAACUUUAUUAUAGUAACUUAUAGUAAAAUAAUUGAUACUGCUGAUGAAUGCGCCACUGAUGUACGCAGAAAGUUGGGAAGGUUUAGGGUAUAUAAACUAAUUUCUUGUUAAUUUAUAAACAACGAGAAACCAUUGCUGACAAAAUACGUUUCUGAACGAAGUUCAGUUACACAUGCUUUGAAAUAACGUAAUUUUUACGAUUUUCAUCAAAAUUUGAUCUUAAAACAUAUUCGUAAAAAUAUUUUAAAUAAUUUUUCUUAAUUAUUAUAAUUAAUCCUCGACAGUUGAAUCAGUUGGAAUUGAUCACUAACGCGUUAGUUACUAAUUAGUAACCAGUAGCGCCUCUGUUGUGUUCCAUUGAAUAACAUACGAGUGACUCGAUGCAGACUGGUUAAUGAUUUGUGUCAGUAAUUAGUUUCUAAUGAAUAGCUCUGUGUGUAGACAGCCUUAUACUUAAGUUUUCUACCAGAAAUAUUACUUCAAUUGAAAAAUGAUUAGUUAUCAAUUUUGUUCCUUUUAAUACAUAGCCCUUGACAGAUAAAGUCGUUUUUUGAUUUUCUUUGUAGUUUUUUUUAAUAAUUGAGCAAAACUUCGAAAAAAAGGGAAAUUUUACAAAAACAAUGAUUCUAUUAUGUUUAAGUUUGUUUUUCGUUGUAGUUCAGUUUGAAAUAUUCGUAGAUACUUGAAAUUCUGGCAGAAAAUAUGUACUUACUUUUUCUAGAUUUAGUAAAAUUUUCAAAAUACUUGAGUUAUUUUUGAGCUAUUUACAGACAUUUUAAUUUAACGAGUUUUUUUACGUGAUUUUUUUGUUUGGUGGGUAUUCUGUGGGUAUUUUGUGGGUAUAUAAUUGAACUUUGAAUUGUUUUUUGUUAUCAAUAAUUACAAUCGUUGGUCACAGGUAUUAAUUAAAUAACUUUAUGUAUCCCACUUCCCCCAAUUACAAUAGCACCCAUCGUCAGUAUCAGCACUUAUUUUUUUCAUUUUUAUGUGCAUUAUUACUAGCGAUCAAUAUAGGCAAUCAUUCAGCUAUUAUAUCACACAAAACGAAUAUUAUUAUAGUGACAUUUUUAACGUCUUUUUUUUUUUUUGCGCAAUUCGUUUAACAUUUUUAUGCCAUCAAGAUCCGGUAUUUUAUAAAAGACGACAAUGUAUAUUGUUCAAAGUUGGCGUCGUCAAAAAUAAAAAAAACGUAUCCGCGUCGAAUUCUGUAAAAUGUUCUUUUAACAAGUAUACUGCAGCUGCAGUAGUGCGCGAUAUCACCAAUUACUGUCGUUGAACGAGAUGAAGUUAAGAGCUACGAAAAAAAUCUGUAAAAAAAAAUAUAUACAUAUUAUUACGCUCAUAGAUGCAUCAUAAUCAUAUACAAAUCCAUUUAAGUGAAUUUUUUUCGAAAAGAGUUUAAACGCGUUGUAAUAAUAUUGUACAAACUCGCUAAAUUGGGUUAAACGGUAAAUGUAUUAUUAUUAUUAUUAUACACACCGCGUCGAAAAAUAUCGAAUCAUUUUUUUUUUCAAAUAAGGUUUCGAUAUAAUCGCGUUUGCCGAGAGAUGCUGGGAGGGGAGAAAUCGUGUGCACGAUUUAGUUAUGUAUACAGUUUCGUGUUUACCGCGUGUAAGCAUAAUAUCAUCAUCCGUAUACGAUUACAAAACACACGUCACACACACUGCGAGACAAAAAAGAACCAUAGAAACUUUAAACGCGAGAAGAUAAUAUUAUUAUUAUUAUGUCUUUGUCAUCUCUUCCUCCUCCACCUCCUCCUCCACCCCUCACCCUACACGACCGAUCCGUUUGACGUUUAUUGUUAAACGUUAACGUCGAUUCUCGUUGUUUUUUUUUUUUCGUGUCGGAUUUUCUUUUCUUUUUCCAAGCCAAAUCUCGUCGUGUAGCCAACGGCGAGUUCGUUAACAAUACACGCGUGUAAAUAAAUAAUAUUGACUUCUUUUUAUACCUUGAAGUAAAAUAUGGAAUUAUCGAAUCACAGUACAAAGGCUGAAGCAAUAUUAUAUCAUUACGUUUCACUCGUUAAAUGGUAAUAAAUAAUAAUAUUGUUAUUUAUACGAAAUAUUUCGGCCUAGCCCGUUUUUUUUUUUUUAUUGAACAAAAAGAUACUAAAAAUAUCUAUUUUAAAUGCUAAAUAUUGUUUUGAAAUAUAUAUAUUUUGAAUCUAUUUUAAAAAUGUUAACCCUCCCUGUGUACAUACUUCCGUUUUACGUACUAUUAUUUGGUACCUUCCCUUGUCCGUCCAUAACAAGGGAAAAAUGCCGGAUGAAUAGAAAAAGAGCUUGGUCAUAUUCAUGUAUGAAUUUAAAGGUGAGGCGCGAAAGUACGGUAAUUAUAGACCCAUACAAUUUUAUUAACAGAAAAGACGAGAAUAAAGUUGCGAAAUACACAUCGAUGGUGUUUUAUUACCAAUAAAAAUCGAAAAAUACGUUUUUGGUAUCAAAAAACUCAGAAAAUUUAAGAGCAUAAACUGGUGAAAGGACGUAUUUAAAUACUGAAAAUUAAGUUGGUAACGUCGACUGAAAGAUAUCCAAACGUCCUUUUAAAAUAUAAUUAAAUCUACACUGAUUUGUUAAAAGGACGUAUUUCGCAUUCAAUGCAUGUAUACUUUGUACAAAGUAUUACGUGUACGAAUAAUUUUAUUAUUUUCCAUGAUAAACAUCAUUAAAAACUAUUUUGCUGUUUUUGUUUGCUUUCUGAAAAUAGGGUGAAAUUUGAUAACCCUUUAUGAAAACAUCACCUUCAACAUGUUUAACAUAUUUCAAAAUGCUACCCUUAAGGUGUGAUUACACGCAAUAAAACUAAUGUAAUAGUUUUAGAUGGAAACAAAAGGUUUUUGACAAAAAGUCAAUUUUUUUUUUCAAACGACUGGCCCUGUACAAUUUUUUCUAUCUCGGAAUGUACUCGAUGUCUGUUAUAAUAUUGCUGUGUCUUGAUAAUCCUUACUUAUAAUUGUUUUUGCAGUAAAACAAUGGUCAAAUUUAUUCAUAUUUGAAGUCAUGGUAAUAAUUUUUAAUCAAUACAUAAUCAUUUAUGAAUUUGCUGCCUAAUUUUCGCCUAUUAUACUUUUAAGUUUUAUUUGAGCAUUGGUUAUUUAUAUUCUAUAAAUAACCGAGAAAAUAUACUUGCGCAUUUAUUGAAGUAGUUCCUUAUGUUUGCCAGCAUAUUAUAGAUUUUUGACGCUCGUAAACAUAAGCCUAAACACAUACACUGCCGAAUGGUCAAUAAUUCUGUUAUACAUUUUAUGCGUACCGGGUUGCCUACUCGGGUUCAAGAACAAAAUAUUUUCUAUCAGUUCCGUAAAUUAACGGUUUCGUAUUUCUUAAUUUUUUUUUUUUCGUAUAUUAUAUGUGUCUAUCCGUUUCAAACAAUGGAAUUUAAAUGAAUUUUAAAAAUCACAAUAGUUUUUUUUAUCUUUUUAUUUAUUAAAAGACAUUAUUAUUUACAUAACAGUAUUUUUUAACGCGUGCAUGCGUACCCACUUACAAUUACUUUUGAAAUGUAAGCGUAUGAUUAAAAAAUAAUUAAACAAUUAUUUAAUUAUUAUUAUAGUAGCACACAGGUAUAGGCUGCAGUGAUGUUCCCAUAGGGUAUACUACAUUUUACGCCGUAUAAACUCCACAUUAUUUUAAGUAGGAAGACAAAUCGUGAGAAUACUGGGUAUCAUGGACAUAGUUUAAAAAAAAAAUGUUCAUGAUAUAUUAUUAUUAUUGUUCGUUCAUACCACUUAUGCUACUAAAACCGUAAUAGUAAUACAAAUUGUAUUUAUUUCAGCAAUUAUAUAAAUGAAAACGUUCACAAUUUCCUUACGAUUUACAAUAUAUUUUUUUUAUUUUCAGUGUUUUAUUUUAGUAAUUUUUGUACAAUAAAUAUCCAUAAACCAUAAGAAAGAUACCUAUAAAAUACGCAAUUUUAGACACAGAUGAUGUUAUGGUACACUCUCAAAAAAUGUAUGAGAACAAAAUUGUAGAUAGGUAUAUUUUCAUGUAUUUUACAUUACAAUAAAUGGAAAACGUCGAUAAUUAAGGUUGGUAUCUACCUAAACGAUAACUAAUGUAAUCUUUAUUGUGUAUAAUUAAUACAUUUGAAUGUAUAAAAAAGUAGUUACUUAAGUAUAGGCGUGAGUAGCCCAAUUUUUUCUUAUUUGGGGGUUAACGGCAUAUAAUAUUGAUGUUUUAUUGAUAGAUUUUGCGUACUAUUUGUAUUAAAUAUUAAUUAUACAUUAUAAAAUAAAUUUUACUUGAUAAGGAGUUUAUUUGAGGAGAUAAUCAGAUUACACGGUAACAUUAUUUUAUAAUUAUAACAAUAUACACACUCAAACGUCUCAAACAUGAUUGAUACGUGUUAUUUAUAAAUAUUAUGAUUUAAAAUGUACGUGUAAAACGGUAAUUAUAAAUUCCUUUGAUACUGUUUCGGUUUUAUUCUACCGGCCGUUUUACAUCCCGGUUUCUCUGUCAAAAUUGACCUUAUUUUCUGUGAUAACAACAUGAUGAUGAUAUUGCCGUUUCACAGAAUUAUAACAAAACUAUUUAGUUAGCAAAACUCCGCCUGUUGCGAAAUUAUGUUAUUAUUAUUUAUAAAACUUCACACCAUAGGUAGGCCGCUGUUGUAGGUGAGAAUUUAAGAUGUGUAUACAUUAAUGAACUUAAUAUUUCUCAUGUUUAAUAAUAAAAUAUUAUCAUACGCCGUCGGUCUGACAACCACUAUCCGGCUGGAUAUUAUAAUAUCACGGUAAAAAUAUGUUUAUACAUAUUAAGUACGUAAUUUUUGCGGUUUUAAAAGUAUUCUAUUAGAUGGUCUGUUUUGUUUUAAGCAAAAACACGCACAUAUAUUACUUAUAAUUAAAGAAAAGUGAUAUAAAUAUAUUGGUAAUAUUUUAUAACUGUCAAACACACACGAAUAGAUUCAACAUAGAUCCACAUGUUUACAUAAUCAAUGUUCAUUUGAACCUCUGCCUAUAUAUUAUUAGAGUGGUAUUUAAUUUUUCAAUAUUAACAUUUUUUCGGUCGAUCCCUAUAAAUUAGUUCCGAUAUGCAUAAAAAUAACGUAUUCAUAAUUUCAAAUCAAAUUCUAUUACAGUGCAGAUUUUAUUGCUAUUUAAAUAUUAUACGGUUUCCGGUGAUGCUGUGUAACGACUUGUAGCGUAUACUGUUUUUGAUCUUCGUUCUUUGAGUCUGUUCAGUUAAAAUCUUCCAAAAUUCAUUUCCAUGAUAUUAAUUAUGUUGGUGGUAAGUUAACAUUGACUAUAAUUACUACUAGAUUAUAAAUCUAUCCGUUGAAUAAAGCCUCAUAAAGAUUUUACUUAUUUUUGGUAUGUAAUACCUAGGUUUAUGUAGGUAGACUAUACAUAGAUAUAUGGAUGUAGGUAUAUAGAUAUAAAAUUAUAUACAGUACUUACGAUCUACAUCCUUGGCUAUAGGAUAUUAUAUGCUAUAAAAUCCUUGAGAUAUAUGUUUUGGAAACAUUUGUGUACGGUCGGUAGAAAAAUGUAUUCGUUUAAAUUUGAAUGGAACCAACUCGUGCAUGAAUAAUUUUGAACUAUUAUGAAUAAUACAUUAUUCUAAAUAUUACCGAUUUGAUCAAUUUUGACGUGAUAUUUGAAUGGAAUUAAUGUGUAUGAUAAUGUAAUACCUACUAAAUUUUUUUACCGGGUUACAUAUUAUACAAUAUUUAACUGACAAAAUAAUAAAUGUAUUCGUAUUUCUUUUUUCGAUUUGACGCGUAGUGACAAAGAUCGUUCUGUUAAGCGUAAAACAAAAAAAUCACAUGAUACACAUUUUAAACUUUCAGCAUUCUUGGUCAUGGAAAUAUUUAAACAAAAAGGACAGAAAAUAAUUGCCCCAAAUUUUUAAAUUCUUGAAUUGCACGGCUGAAAUCUACAGAUUGUCAUGAGAAAUAAAUCUAAGUAUUUGUAAUAAUAAUUAUUAUAUCAAAUCGAUUUACCCGUUAAAAUUUUGUCCAAAUUCAAUUACUUCCAUACCGAAAAUUAUUUCGUCAUAAAUUAGUUAAUUUACGUAUGUAAUUAUUUGUUUGAAUACCUUACCAAUUAAUUGAUCAUUUUUAUUCUGUUGUCGAUGAUUUUAAAGUAAACCCAAUUUAAAAAAUAGGACUACAUAUUUGAAUAAUAUUAAUAAUAAUGAUUAUUCUUCUCUUCUUCUUUUACGUCUUUAUCUCGAUUAUUUGGAGUCAGCCAUCCUCGUUUUACUUCCAUUUCGUCCGAUUAAAUUUUAAAAGACUCCAAGUAAGACUUACAUUUGCUCAAAAUCAAAAAAUCAAAAGAUCAAUCUUUGUGAAUGUGUUAGAGUUUUAUUGGAUACGUGCUGUUUUUCUCAUGGAAAACUAUUCGUAGCAAGUUCACGAGUAGGAGAUUCGAAAAAGUUACAUAGUAUUUGUUGUCCAAAUAAUAAAACAAUGCAUUUAGUAUAUUAUCCAGCUUUAAUACAUAUGAUAAUAAAAAUUUGAAAAUAUAAAGUAUUUGGAAUAAUAAUUUAAUUGUAUUUCUUUCAGUCCAGGGAUCGAAAAAUCUAUAUAUUUCAGUAUAUCAAUAUUAGUUUCUGACUCCUUUGUCCUGGUAAAAUCAAGGCCAUUUUAUAGUUUCAAAAUAUGUAUAACGAUUAAUUUAUUAUGAAAAAUUACAAUAUCAAAAAAAUUUAUUGCGCCACGAAUAACACUGUAAUUCAAAUAUAUGCGUACAAUAUAACAAGUGAUGUACGUUGUAAGUGUUAGAAUACAAUUGAUGAAAUUUUAGAUACGAACAAUCGAAGAAAACCAUAAGCAAGGCAAUUUACCCAAGAUUUAAAUAUGGCUUUGUUACAUCAAGCCCGGGUAACGCCAGUCAGUAAUAGUAUAAUAAAUAUAUUUAUAGUGAACCGCGCCUCCAUACGAAUACGAAAUUUGAAAUAAACUAUAAAUGUUCCUCCUCAAAUGUAAUAAUCUAUUCCUGAAAAAUAAUAACACUUUUUCUGUCAACGAGUUUUCGUGAUCUUGGUUUUGAGCCAAUAUAACGAUAUAAUGUGUAUAUAUAUAUAUAAUUAUUAUUUUAUUUUAUUUUCGUAUUCACGCCGCCACCACUCGAUAUAAUAAUGUGUUUCGAGCAGGUUGAAGUUUACACGACGCGAUGAUUGGAGACAUACUAUUAAUAUAAUAGGAUAUAUACAAUGGGGCGAUCACAAAACUAUUAUCGUGUGUUAUACGUAUUAUGUUACAACUUUUAAAAGCAACACGUUUACAAGGAGAUGUUUGAAUUCUCUAGCUGCAGUGCCGUCAUACAUUUAUUCGAUGUUAUUACGUUAUGUUGUUAUAGUGUUGCCGCCGUUCAGCGGACUGACGAGAAAAAUAUUGAAAUUCCCAUAGUAUAGAAAUCAAAUAAAAUGCCAACAGAACAAACAAAAAAAAAAAAUCCGGACAACUUCGCGCGUAAGUAGGCCACUGUUGUAGGUGAGAAGUUGGGAAAAUAGUAGAGGGGAAAUUUAAUGUAUGUAUGCUAUAUCUGUAAGCAAUGAUCAACCAUUGUUAACGAAAAAAACGGUUUCGAGCGGAGUUCAGUUGAUAGUGUUGCUUUGUCAAUAAUAUAUAUAUAUAUAUAUGUCAUAUUAUGGUAAAAUAAUUAUGUAGACAUCAUAUAUUUUCUUUAAUAAUAUUUGUUUAAUAUCGCACCUAUUUUCCCGGUUUUUCCCAUUAAUUGGGAAAACUCUUUAGAGUAACUCCUUAAUCGUAUUUUCUUAGAUAGAGUACUAUACUUGUAUAUCGGAGCAAUUUUGCUGGUAGAAAAGUCGUCCGCGGAAAAAAAAAAAUAAAAAUCUUUAUAAAACCAUAAACGUCUUCGCUCCACUUAGAAUCUAAAACUGAUGUACCUCGUACCACGGGUAUGUUACUGUUGUUUACUUGUAGGCGCGGCGAAAUCGGGAACGUAGAGUAUUAUUGGGUAAUUCGAUUUAUAUCUGUAGGUAAGCAAAGAUAAAUCAUUGGUAAUGUAUUACCGAUUCUGACAUUCUGAACGAAGUUUGGUUACAUAAUUUUUGGAUAAACUUGCGUUAAAAACCGUAUAUUGAUAUGCAACUUAUAUAUACGAGUGAAAUUUAUAAUAAUUGACCGUGUUAUUUUGUUUAGUGUGUUUCCAUCGAAAUUCGAACUUGAACGUUUUUAUAAAAAUCAUGACUAAUAAUUUUCGAUAUUUUUUUUAUGGCAAUAUAAUUUUAGGAAGUUAAACAAAUUUUAUCUAAAUAAAAACUAAAAAAAAAAAUCGAAAACGUACGAUUUAUGUAUAAAAACGUCAGAAGACUAAUAUUUCAUAUAUUUUCUCCACGUCUACGACGUGCUAAUAUAUAAAUAUUCAGUGAAAAUUUCGAAUUUCUAUGAUUAUAUUAAACUGCCUAAACCUAACCAAACCAAAGCAAAACCUGAAAUAACAGAAAUCUGUAUUGCGUAAUAAUUUAGCUUUUCCCGGUUUCUAUCAAUUAUAAAAGUAAAUCGAAAAUUGAACUUAAUAGCAGUUAGACAAAGUUUACUGCCAGAAAGUUGACUCCCUGAAGUCGAUAAUCAGAGCAAAAUUUCUAAUAUAGAAAAGUAUGUUAACACACAUAAAAAUAGAAAAAAAUUAACCGCGCAUCAUAGUAAAACCAAUACAUUUUUUGCCACGCUCAGAAUCUAAAAUUAAAUUACAGCUAUGAGGAAGUGGCGACAUGUACCAUACCUACUUACGACAUGUUCACAGUUUAACAAAAAGGUUAAACAAUACCAUUGAAAAAUACAAUUCAAUUCAAAUCGUGUCCCCCCCCCCGAAAUUUGAAGACGGACGACUUGAUUACGAAAAAAAUAAAAAAAUAAAAUAAUCUCGCGUUGGGAAUUCGGAGAGUAAUGAGUUUCCCGGAAUGUCCGGAAAUUUAAUAUUAUCGGAGGAAAAGCAAACUUUCCGCAGAGUGACAUUAUUGAUUUUUGAACGGAGCCAGUUAGGAACGUAUUGAUUUUGUAAAUCUGCCUGCGUGUGCGUAUAUUUUAUUUUUUUAGUUUUUUUUUUUUUUUUAUUGUCCGCAAUAACCGCUUUUUCGGUUCAAUCCACCGAAACUUUCACGCUUGUGCGCACGAACCACCUGCGAUCACGAGUUUAUCGGAGAAAACAUCGGAAACGUUAUGUAUAAAAAAAAAUAAAAUAUUAUGUCUAUAUCGAACGCCAUUAUAUUAUAUAGGCAAUAAUGUUGUUUUGUCGAUCGUAUACAAGAAUUUCGAAUAUUAUUAUUAUUAUUUGUUUUUUUUUUCACGGGGCACGCGUAUCUCUAUUUCGACAACACGACAUUACCAUACACGAUAUCGACGACAGCGGCGAAUUCUCGCACCCUUGAGACGGUCACAAUAUCAUAUUCGCAGUCGUAACAAUGCGUAAUGCUUAAUGGUCGCGAAUCGUCGUUCGAGCUAUCGCGGUCAGACCGAUAUUAGUGUACGAUAACGUCGGUAACGUCGAUUACUCGAUCGUUGUGUCCGCCUUGUCCGUACCGCGUGUUCGUCAUCGUUCAAAAUUAACGCGAACGAUUUCGGGUCCGUCCCUCUACCCGCGCCGACCCGUAGGAACGAUAAAAAAAAAAAAAAAUAAAAAACCAACUCCUAUAUCCGCGCCGCCGAUCGACGGCGGUAAUGUUUCGCACCGCCGACACCGGAAAACGCCGCGAGCCCGUCGUCUGCACCUGUGCAAACGGCGACGAUAUUACAAUGCGAUACGCGUACGCACGCGCCCGUGUGUCACGCUGUAAUAUUGCCGUACCGUAAAACUGUGCACUGCGCGACGCCGGGAAAUUAAAACGCGCCGGGAACGGGGAAAAAUUAACGCGGCGACGCGUAAUUGGUCAUUGUGGUCGAUCCGCGUACAUCGGACGGCGGGAAAACUCGCGCGCGCGAAUUAUCGUUCGCCGGCCCAAACGCCGUCGUCGUCGUCCCGCCGCCGCCGCCGCCGCCGCCGCCGAGUUCGCUCGCGUCUCGGGUUUUCAGAAACGGACACACGGUCCGGUCGACCGCGGCCGCCGACCCGCCGCCGGCCGAGCCGGCCGAAAGCGCGCGUCGCGUAGGCCGCGGCGCGCGGCGCGAGCGGUAUUUCACAAUAAUAAACGUAUUAUUUUUUUUUUUUUUUUUUUUUUUUUACAUUAUUUUUUUUUUUUCUUCCCAUAUAUUUUCGUGUUAUUACGCGCGCAGUUUGGCCGCCGGUCGUCGUGUACAACCGCCGCCGCCGCCGCCGCGCGCGCAUAACAUAAUAAUACGUCCAUAAUAUACACGAGGCCUAUUAUAAUACGAGCGGUAUACACAUACCGCAGUCGCACUCGUCGUGUACGCAUUAUUGUUGUGUAUGCUCGGUCGUAUUAUACAGGCAGCGAUAGUUCCCCACUCUGUGUCGCCGUCCGUCCGUAGCGUACGCCGGAGCAACGUAAUAUAUCGUCUCCCGGUCACCCAUCGAAAUGGCGUGUACGCACGUAUAUAUAUAUAUAUAUAUUUAUGUAUAUAUGCGCGUGAAUAUAAUAAUAUAUACCUACGGAUGUAUAUUAUUGUACACUAAUAUAUACAUAUACAUAUAUAUAUACCUAUGCGACCGGAGAUCAACGACCCGAGAGAGCGUUCUGACGCAGCAGCAGCGGCGGCAGCAGAGAGAAGACGGAUCGAACAGACGAUAAUAACAAUAAUAACAGCGCGCUGUUAUAUUAACGUUAUACCUGCCUCCGCGACUGCGGAUAUUAAACGUAUUUACGUAUCGCGCGUACGGGCGCAGCAGGAAAGUUACAAAACUAUUGCGCCGCGCCGCCGCCGCCGCCGCCGCCGCCGUGGUCGGGCGGGAGGUGUGCGCGCAAGACGCGCGGGCCGUACGGCUCGUCCGGGGACAGGAGGCGGAGUGAUAGGGACACGCGUUGUCGUCGGUCCCGUCGGAUCGCGAACGGAAGCGUAUACCUAUAACCCACGGCGUAACCUAUAUCGUUGUUGUUAUUUAUUAUUAUUAUUGCCCGUAUUCUGCGGCAUUUAUCGCGUACGGAUGGCGCGGUUACGGAGUGUUUUGAACACCUCGUUCGGAACGUUCAGCAAAUUCGAUUAAAAUCAUUAACGUGUUCCGAGGGGUGAUCAUAUUUAUACAGUUCCUAUUGACGUUUAAAAGCGAAAACAAACAAUUCCCGGAGCUUUUGGGUUAAAAAAAAGUACCGAACGUUUUUCCAACUGCUGUGUUUCGUUGUUAGAUAACUACCGAUAAAGUCAUAUUUACAAGGGCGUCAGUCUUCGAAAAUCCGGGGGUUGGGGGGGGGCACACUGUAUUUGUUCAAUAGUAUUUACCUUUUCUGUUAACGUAUUAACUGGUACGUGUAAGUUCACGUAGCAUAACACAUACGACUGUAUUCCUAUUUCCUACAAUAGUAUCUAUUAUAACUAUAAUAAAUAAAUGUAUAAUAGACACGGAAAAGCCAGGGGGGACAUGUCCCCUUCCUGCCCCUCACCCAAUGUGCAUAUAUAUAUAUAUAUAUAAUUAACUAUUAUAUAGUAAUCAUAUGAUAUUUACAAAGAAAAUAAUGCUAAAAACGGAAAACUAUGUCUUAAGAAAAAGGAUUUAAAUGGACCGACUUCGUUAAAUUAUAAAGAACUUAAAGUUCUUCCGGUCAGGUAUUCGUACAGGCAGUUUUCCAUUGUACAUCAAAUAAAUAAAAUUACUACUAAACAAGACGGUAAACGAUAAAACAUCGCCUCUGACAUGCGUGCUAGUUAUACAAAUAAAAGUAUAGGUAUAAGUAUCAUAUAGUAUAAGUUCUUAGAUAAGAUAGCGAGAAAAUUUCAACGCUAUGCCGCUUUGUCUGAAAAAGUAUUUUUUGAACAGUGUAAAUAAGAAUACUUACAAUUUUAAUAAAAACAAAUAUUGUAAACUGGCUGUUACUUGAACUUUAAUUGUACACGGAAAUAGAAUACAAGUAGCUUAAAUAAUGUGAAUAUACAUAAAUCAGUUGUAUCCUAACAUUUACCUCGCCACAAACUAUGUUUAAUGGGGCGAAUUAAAUAAUUAGACGUUGUAAAUUAUUAUUUUAAUAAAAAUAUUUGGUUUUUUUAUUUUUUUUUUUUUCUGGUAUGGGUUACAAUAUAAGUGACAUCGAACCGAGGCCCAAACGUGUAUCGGACUUUACAAUAUAUUUUUUUUUAUACGCAUGGGGAAUUAGGGUCUAAUCGCACUAUAUCAAUGACGCGAGUACGUGACAGUGCCGUGACCGGCCCGUGAUUCCACUCGUUGUGAACGCGUAUAUUAUUGAUUUGGAAUUUCUAUUGGCAACAAUCGACAGUGGUUCGUCCUCCAUCGUUGGAUAGCGCGUAAACUGGAGUGACCAACAUGACGACGCUUUCGGAGGAUGAACUCUUAACUCUUAACUCUUCAGCGGUUUUGGACAAACAUGUGAAAGGAAAAGUAUAAGAAACUAUUAGUGACAACCCGGAUACGGAAAAAAAAAAAACCAACAAAAGAGAAGUUUUUCGCUCUAUGAUGUAUACAAUCAGCGUCGGAUUCUGAAUUUUAACCGGCCCGGGAAAAUUUCGUUUCACCAGCACAAUUAUUUGUUUUAUUUGUGGCCAGAACACAUUUAACCACCUUAUCAUCAUAGUUCAUCGAGCACUCAAAGGAAUCUUAAAUCGAAAUCGUUUUUCUCCUCAUUAUCUUAUCAGACAUAUGCUCAAUUUCAAUACGUCAUAGGUUAUUAAAAAUAUUUGUAUCGAAAAUUAAUACUUUUAAAAAAACGUCCUAGGAUAAUGGGGUCGGGUGCAGCCACUGUUAUAAGUAAUUUAAUACCAACGAUAAACCAUUGCUAACGAAAAAACGAUUCUAAGCGGAGUUCAGUUGAUAGUGAUGCUUUGUCAACGACAUAUAUUAUGUCAUAUUAUUAUGGUCAAAUAAUUAAAUAGGCCUUACAUAUUUUCUUUAUUAAUAUUUAAUUAAUGUACCGAUUUUCCAUGUUUUUCCUGGUUUUUCACAUUUGCUGGGAAAACUCUUGAAAAAAUCGAAAAAUGACAACUUUAAAGUACCUCUCCAGUCAAAUUUCCUUUUGAAAAAAUUGCUAUCAUUAUAAAUUGGAACAAAAUUGCUGGUAGAAAAGUUGUCAACAGAAAAAAAAUAUCGUGAUAUGUUAGUAAUAUAUUUUGCACAUUUUCCCGUUUUUCUUCCGUUUUUUUUCGGUUUUUCACCCUUGAUGAGAAAACUCUUCAGAAUAAUUACCUCCCCAAAGUACAUCCCACCCCGAUCUAUUUUCAAAAAAGGUGCUACAUUUAAAAAUCGGAGCAAGACCGUUGGUAGAAAAGUUGUCCAUAGAACAUUAAUACAAAAAUAAAAAAUAAACGUCUUUGUAAAACCAUAAGCUUCUUCGCUCUACUCAGAAUCUAAAAUAAAAAAGAACUAUUUUAAUUAUAAAAUCAGUUUUAUGAUGAUAGGUCAUGGAGUCAUAACCUUGCUUCGACCCACUGGGAAACUGGAGAUAAAUCAAGUGCCCCCGAGACAAACUAGUCCCUCCCAAUGUCAAAUAUAACACUAACACCAAGCGUUGUUUUUUUUUUAAAAUAUAUACCUAUAGGUACUGUGUAGUAAAAAUAAAGUUUAAGGUUGAGGUAUAAAGUAAAAAUCAUAUUAUUGUAACUACCACGUAUAAUAUUACGGUACAAAGUAAUUAUUAAAUAAUUAACAUUUCAUUUUUAAUUUAUCAUGACGUAUUGAUUUUUUUAAAGUAAAAUUACUAUGAAAUUAAACUACAAACAAUUUUUAUAUUAAUGUAAAAAUUAGGACCUGACUGUUUUAGUCGGCCCUGACGACGACGGAACAACGUUUUAUGAAUACAUUUUAGAAUGUCAAAACCGAGUGUUCAACUUGCGACGCACACACGCGCACAUUAGAUUAAGGUUAUAGUAUAAGUUGUUGUCAUCAGUGUAAUUAUUGCAUAAUAAUAUUGAUGUCAACGCCGCCACUCGUCCGGCUUAUCAGUUUUUUUCUCGCUGUUCUACCUCCACGCCGCCGUCGCUAAACUCAAUAAUCACGAACGAACCACGGCCGUGAAAUAUGAAAAAUAUCGUAUGCACGUUCACGGUCCGAUGACGGUAAAAUUUGUCGGUGUUCGACAAUAUCAGCGAUAUUUUUAUGGAAACAUAACAAUUUUUUAUGCUUAGUACUUUUUGUUAAAAAGUACUAAACUAAUACAUUUUUUGUGGAUUCUUUUAGAUAUUUCAUCGAUUCGUAUUAGUAAUAUAUGUAAUCGAUAGUAAAACUAUUGAUUACACAAUGAUCAUUCAUCGUUAUUCGUUCUUAUAGGCCAGAAAAAUAUAAUGUAAAAUAAAAAAAUCUGAUAUAAAACGAAUAGAAAUUGUCUGAUUUAAACUUGUCACUAAACAAAGUAAAAUUUCAUACGGUAUGACAACCACUCGUUGUUAUCGAUAACUAAUCGAUACUUUAAUUUUCCCCAACUUGAUCUAUCGAUGCAUAACAUAUCGAUAUUUAGAAAAAAAAUUCUAUCCAUAUUUGUGUCAGUACUGUUACGUCACUGAUGCAUUUAAAUAAAUCUAUGUAUAGAAUGUUUCAUGGCAUGUACAUUGUCUACAAUGAAUUUUUAUUUUGCAUUUUUCGUCGUUUGUCCAAUUUUUUUAGAACAUUUUUUUUUUUUUGCUUUUACCUUUAUUUGUUACUUUUUUAUGCUUAGUCCACAUUAUUACCUGAAAAAUUAUAACCGAUAUAAUUAAAAACAUGAUCUCGAGACAUUUUUUUCCAUACGUAUAAAAUAUUCGCCCAAGUUAAAUUUUUAUUUGGUGGUUUUUUACAUGGUUUUCCACAUUUUUGGUAAUUUUAUUGCGAUCAAAAAGGACAAUAUGGCAUAUAAACCGAUUAAUUUUACGGUAAAAUAAUCAUUUUUAUACACGAUGUUUUUUCGAGCAUUUUCGUAUUUUUAAUAACAUUUUUAGUUCGUCGAGUUCCGAGUAGUUAUUACAUUUGUAAUACCCGAUUUAAUCAUUCGACUGGGUCGGUUACGAGGACCCCGCCCCAAAUGACGGAAACGAAUAUAAGUCGCUGCAGGUUUCUAUACGAAUAAGUCACUGAAUAAAUAACUCGUUGGAUGAAAAAAAAAAUGUGUGUGUUCAGACAGAGCCGUUUUAUAGUCGUUGGCAAACUGAUAUCGUUUUUAAUAUAGUCUUCGGUAUUUCUAUAAUAAUGCGUAUUCGAUGUAUAAUAAGAAUAUUCGUUUUUUUCUCGACCCAAAGCACGAUAACUAUGUGGUAUGAGCCGAUGUUCAUAUAUUACGCAGGCUUUACUUAUUAUAUUAUAUUAUAUUAUAAGAACAAAACAUUCUCCGUUCUUCAACUAUCCUCUCGUAUACAAAUAUGCUCUUCAAUAAUUAUUUCUGAACUAUUUCUAUUAUUAUAUUCUCCUAGUAUAAAAUCUUGUCCGGUCUCUAUAUGUUCUUAAUUAUUUAUGCAAGUAUGUAUACGUGCUAGACUAGGUAUUUCAUACGGUUUAAAAACUUAACUGAGUUCCACAUAAAACGGAGCGGGAUCGGGUUAUUUGAACAGUCACAAUAUUCGAUAACAAUAAUUAAUAUCUGUGCUGAUGAUAUCACCGCGUCAUCCAGACACAACCAAGGAACCCAACUCGGGUGGAUGGCCCAGUAGUAAACUCAAUAAGAGUAAGAUUAGAGGUUAAAUCAUCCCUUCCAACCUUUCAACACAACCAUUAUGAAUAUUUAUUUAGUGAUUUAAUUUUGAAACGUAUUUAUUUCAAGUGAGUGACAAGGAAAAUCUUGAUUUAUUGAUUAAAAAUUGGUGUUUUGAAUCCGGCUUUUAAAUUCUCACUGUCGAAACGGGUAAAUAAGAAGAUUAUGUAAUCUAUUUUAUGAUUAAUAUUUGGCCUUCAAAAUUCCUGGGCACGUUACUGGGUUUAUCAAAACUAUUAAAAUAUGAAUAUAUGGAUCAUAUUUUUUAUAGAUAAAAUCAACAAAAGAAACGCAUCUCCUGAAGUAUAAAUAAUUAUAUAUGUACAUAUAUAUAAUAUCUGAAAACAUCCUCAGAUCUGCGGGGAAUCCGGAGAACUGGUGAAACAAAAACGCCUAAAGGUUACAACACACGCGACAUAAAACUAAAGUAACGAACAAAAAAAAAAAAAAAAUGGUGCAAAUUUAAAACUACUCAAUAUUACUCGUAUAUAAAAAAAGAUAUAUUUAAAAUAAUUGACUGAAUUAAAUACUAUGAGCGUCAUAUUGUGAUACGCGAGCUUAUUUACAAAUCAGUUUUUCUCUCUGUAGUCUUUAAAAUUUAAUUUAAUAACAUUUACGUUUUUAUAAUGUAUUAUUUAAUUCUAUCUAAUAUAAAAUAAUGACUGGAAUAUUGCUUUCGAAGCUUUCAGUUUUCGCACUAAAUAAUAGAAUUUAAUAAUACUGUAUUUUUAGAAAUAAAAAUAAUACUAUUUAACUUUUAAACUUUUCAGUCAUUAUUUAUGCGUCUCAAUGUCUGGAUUUAUUAUUUUUUUAUUGAACUUAUAUAGUAAUAUUGUAAUAUUUUAGUUAACCUUUUAUUAGAGACGGAAUCGGUAUAUACUUAUGUUUAAUCCGAACGAAAUUGGUAUAAAAAAAAAAUUGGAACGGAACUCAGAUUUUUGAUGACGUUUCGCCAGUAUUGUAGACAUUUCGCAUUUUCGAAUUUCGGCUUUUGCCCGUAAAAUCAGUAUCAAUACCACGUAUAACAUCAUCAGUCAUCAAUGCCUGAAGGCAGUUAGUCAUCUCUACAUCCCCAACCACUUCAGUCUCCCUUUUAGCCCCAUCACCUCUAUUCCUCUUCUGAGAGGAGACUUAAAUAAAAGUAAAUAAAGGAGUGAAGAUGGCAGGAAAGAUACCAUGAUAUUGAUAUUGAUAAGAGACAAUAGGUACACACAAGCGUGCUGCUAGAAUAUUCACACGUAUAUAACAAUGUAACCCAUCAUCGAACUGAGCAACCGAUUUCAGUUCCACAGAUUCCUAAUUCAUUAAAUAACCCCAUUAUUGGGGUUUGAAUUGGUGAUAUUUUCUAUUAUAUAAGGGGAGCUUAGCGCACUACUUGAUAUUUUUUCCGCAGACAAAUUUUUGAAUAAUAAAUUAGGUCUGAAUGAACAAAGAUCCCCCAAACACAUAUAUAUGAUUAUAUGAUUUUCAAACAAAUAAUGUUUUUCCGUGCAGUGACAAAAUAUCAAGUGUUUUAAUGGCGCAACAAUUUUGAGUGUUAUCAUUUUUGACUUAAAAAGAAAUAAUAAAACUACAGUUUUAUUCAUAAAAUGUAUACAUGUAUUUAAAUCGGUGAUAUAAAUGAAACGAAAUAAAAAUAAAUAUUUAUUUUUAGUAUCGAUUUUUUUUUUUUAAAUUCUGAAUGGAACGAAGAAUGUAUCGGUUUUACAAUGAAGUUUUUUUUUUUUUAUUUUUUUUUAUAUGAAAACUUUUUUUACCUGAAAUCAUACUCUGAUUAUCAAGUAUAGCAAUUUUUUUGAAAUAAAAUUUUCUCUGGGUGGUACUUUAAAGAGAUUAUUUUUUGAAAUUCUCAUUAAUAUUCGAGAUAAUGAGGAAAAUAUUGGUCUUUAGGUUAAAAAAUAUUGAAAAAUUAAAAAUAAGAUUGUCAUUGGCAACCGUUUUUAUUUAUUUUUUGUUAUUAAGUUUCUAUUAUUUUAAUCAUUUUACCAUAAUAUGACCAUAUAAUAACACCAUAUAUUGUCUAUUGUUGAUAAAGCAACAUUAUCAACUAAACUCGGCUCAGAAUCGUUUUUUCGUUAGCAAUGGUUUAUCGUUGCUUACAGAUAUACAUUAAAUUAUUUAUUUUUUUUUUUUAAUGACUAAAUGCAAUUAUAUUUAUGUGUGGAUGUUUAAAUCUAAUUAAAUGUUGAAACUUGUUGUUCCAACUUUUCGAUACAUUAUUAAUCCUACUAUAAGCUAACUUUGUAGUAUUAUGCACGGUCCACAAAUAUUAACCAUAUAGGUGGACUCAUUUUAUUAAAAAUUAACUUGAAUGGCCAGUCUAUACUUGCAUCAAAAUAUCAUAAUAUGGAAAAUAUAUUGUAUAAGCUCAUUCAUAUGAAACUAAAUAUUAAAAUGUUUAGAUGAAAUAUAAUUCAAAUAAUGUAUUAGUGUACCUCUUUUUAAUGGUGUAAGUAGUAAAAAUAACAACGCAUUUAUUUUUCGUAUUAAAUUACGGAAUUCUUUAUUUUCUUUGUAUUUCACUUCCAAGCCAAGAUUUUUGGUUUUUACGCCACACACUUUGGCUAAGAUGAUAAUAACAAAAAAUGUUUUGAAACAAUGUCUUCAAGAAACUUCUUAUAUCGCAUUAUCCACUCGACCUCUAACACAAGUUCUUUCGAAGAAAUUAUUAGUAUUAUUACGAAUUCUUCUAAAAUGUCUUUUAACAUUUUUUUCGUUUGGCAUUAAACAAGCUGCGUCGUCAUAGGUAAAUAUAUCCCCCUUUAGUUUGGGAAGUUUUUUCUACAUUAACUACUGUCAAAUAGAUAAGCGAGUAAUCUCAAUAAGUUCAUAUUAUUUUUGAGACUGGUGUUGGAUAUUUUAAAUUUGCUUUUUAUUAAUAAAUUAAGUAUGAGUAUUUGUAAAUUAAUUGUACUUUCGUUUGUAUGUAAUAAUUUAUUUUUAAAAAACUGUGCUUCCUCACAGUGAAUUUUAUUUAAUAACCAUAAUACUUGAGCCCCCCCAUACACAGUCAGUCUUGAAUGAUCAACAUGAUUGACGGUCGAAAUUUAAACAUGUUUGAAAUUCAUCAGUCAAAAAAUUUGAUUGUUAGUCAUUAUCAGUCAUACACAUACAUAGUCACUGUUUUAUGACAACCAACGUGAUUGACAGUCAAGACUGACCGUGUAUGGGGGUCUGAGUGAACAUUGUAGGUACAUUGAGUGUAUUAUAAUUUUGUAUUACCUGCAGCCUAAUAUAAGUACGUUACCCUGGCACCCGUACUUUCAAAAUCAUGCAUAUUUUAAUCAUUCCGUAUUAUUUACUUUAUUUUGUACAACCAAAAUUAAAUUGUAUGGGACCUUUAAAAACCAUCAAAAUUUAAUUUCAUCUUACCGGUGCUACGGUAACGUUACUCCAGCACCUGAGACCAUUAAUUUUAUCAAAUUACAAACGUAUAGUAAUGUGUACUUUAUUUUGUACGACCUUCGAAAAUCCUCAAAAUUCAAUUUCUUCUUACGGUUGCUGCGGUAACGUUACCCCAGCACCCGGAAAUAUAUUAAUGUAAUAAUACGAUACCUACCUAUUAUUAAUAAUGAUGUACCUACCUCCGUAUAAUUUUAAUUAUUUUAAAAGUUAAUAUCUGAAUGUUAAAUUUUAAUACUUUCAUUCUUUAUAAAUUAUAAAAUAAUUUGUUACGACAGUACGAUAUGUCAGCACCUACCCAGUGAAAUCUGAAAAGGCUUGAGACACAUCAAUUCUUUAUUGUUAUUUGCUAUUAUUAUACAAUACAUUAACUUCUGCUUUAUACGGCCAGUAUAGUGAAGAAGAUAGUUUUACAAUUUUUACUGUAAUGUUUUGACUACCACUACUCCUUAAGAAGAAUCGUCAUAGCGAUGAUACGGAAAUUAUACAAAAUCGUACAAAAUAUAUAAUACUGCACGAUUGAAAAUUGAUACAAUUCAUGGUCCCGGGUGCUGGGGUAACGUUACCAUAAAAUAAAAUUGAUUUUUGAAGGUUUUUGAGGGUCGUCCAUAAUUUAAUUUAACCUAACCUAUUUUUAAUACUAGAUUCGAAUAUUUCUACAGUUCUCGAGCAAAUUCGAUGUUUAUAUGUUUUUUUAUCUCAAAAGUUUUCUGAGAUACCGCUUAAUAGCUAUUUAAAAAAUGAUUUUUUUUUUUUUAAAUCGAUUUUUCAAACAAUUUAAAAUGCAUGAUUUUAAACACAUUUUUAGACGGACAUACUUCGCACGAUUGGUAAGCCACUAUUGUAAGUGAAAAGUUGGGAAGGUAGGAUAUGGAGAGGAAUUGAAUGUAUAUCUGUACGCGAUGAUUAAUAAUUGCUAACGAAAAACGAUUCGAAACAUAAUUCAGUUAUACAUGUUUCGAAAGACCGUAAUAUACUUUACUAUAUUAUAUUGUUGACAAAACAACACAAUCGUUAGCAAUGGUUAAUCAUUGCAUAUAGAUGUACAUUAUAAUUUCCCCCUCUACCUUUCCAACGUCUCACCGCUACAACAGUGGCCCACCCACGUGCGAAGUAUGUCUGUUUUUUUUUUCAAUUGAAUUUAUCCCAACAAUUAUUUUGUUAGUUUAACAAAAUUUAAUAAAAACAACAAAUAAUCACAAUUUAUUGUUUUACUUUGUAUCUAUGUAAUUGUAAUUUGUAUUUACUAUUUAAUAUACAACAUUCAUCGUCAAUAUUUAUUUCAAUUAUUCGUUAGUCUUUUAUUCUAUUGGACUUAUUUUCCUUGGACUUGUUUAUUUGUGUUAAAAUGAUGUUUAUUUUUUUUUUAUUGAACAAUUUUCCUACUUUUCUACUUUUUUCCUAGAGGUUUUUAUAAUAAAUGGAAAAAACCGGAAUAAAACGUGAAGAAAACGAGAAAAAUGUAUUACGAAAUGUAUUCUUUUAAAAUCGUAAAUAUUACGGCCUUUCAAAACACAUAAAACCGAACUCCGCUCAAAGUCGUUUUUCGUUAGCGAAGAUUAAUCGUUGCGUACAGAUAUACAUAUGGUAUACCCCAUACCUUCUUAAUUUCUCCCCUUCUAUUAUGGCCUACACAUCAUGCGAAAUAUUUCCAUAUAUUUUUUUCCACCUUAAAUAAAUAUAUUAUAAAUCAUAAAACAAUGAUGGUUUCCCGACAUAAUAUUAUAUUUUGAAAUAACUAUAUAUCAAAUUUUACACUAAAAACUCGUUAAGGUUUAGGUUAAGUUAGGUUAGGUACGAUCAAUGCGAUUAAUCGUAACGUACAAAUGUUCAUUCAAUUUCUCCUUUACCUCACCAACUUCUGAGUUCUGGCCCAUAACAACAGUUCACCUUGCUCAUAGAGCAUGCCUUUUAUUAUUAUUAUUAUUAUUAUUAUUGUUAUUAUUAUUAUUAUUAUUAUUAUUAUUAUUAUUAUUAUCGUACAAAUACCUACAAAUACCUACAAAAUCGUAUAAUAUUGUAAUAAUGGGCAAUUCGGAAGACAAUUUUCGGAAAAAAGACAGGAAAAAUGCGUCGACCACGAAAAAAAGGAAACAAAUUGAUCAAUUGUUCGACGAACGAAUCGUGGUUAAGUCGCAAUAUCGUCGUCGGUAUCCCGAUGGACGGUAUACCCCGUAUAGAGCAGUGAUGUUCAACCUGGGGAUCGCGAAUCGCAAAGGGAUCGCAAACUAUAGUUAGGGGUCGCCGAAAAUCAUAAGUACCAUAUUGUAUACUCUACAUCGCGUAUUGUUCAAGUUCUAUUAAACGAUUUUUGAAUGAGUCAUCAUGAAUGAAAGAAAAAAAAAUAAGCUGUCCUAGGAUAAUGAAGACGGAUGCAGCCACUGUUAUAGAUAAUUUAAUGUAUAUCUGUAAGCAUCGAUUAUCCAUGGCUAACGAAAAAACGAUUCCGAGUGAAGUUUAGUUAAUAGCGAAGCAUUGUCAACAAUAUAUAUUAUGGUAAAAUAAUUAAAUAGGCAUUAUAUAUUUUCUUUAAUAUUUGUUUAAUAUUGUACCGGUUUUCCCAAGUUUUUUUUCCGGUUUUUCACAUUUGCUGGGUUAACUCACAGUGGGGUGGUCCACUAAUGGACCACUCCAAGAAAAUGUCCUGCAUCAUAUAUAUCGGAGUAAGCAUUCUGGUAGAAAGCGUUCACAUAAAAAAAAAAGUACAAAGAUCUUUGUAAAAUCAAUACAUUCUACGGUACACUCGGAAUCUCAAAAAAAAAAAAAAUAAAAAAAUAAACAUCAUUAUAAAAACACCGCAGUAAGCUUGUUCGCUCCACUCGGGAUCCGAAAAUAAGAGGGUCGGUCGCGGUUCGUAAAAGGUUGAAAACCACUGCGGCGCGGAGAACGGACGUACCGAGGUUACGAUAUUAUAAUCGGCGUUCGCGCGUAUACCACAGAUACCACGCCGAUUGUAACGAUAUUGUUAUACCUGUUAACCUGCGCGCGAACGUUUUAUGCCCGUACGGGAACGUACGGCCUACGCCCGUCCGAUUCGCCGCCGUCGUUGCCCUCGGUUCGCACCCAUAGGACGACGGCGGCGGUCCGGACGGUCGCGUGUUAUGCAAUAACGACGUAAUGUUUUCGUUUCGCGCGUAAAUACCGUCGUCACCCCGCUCCCCUCCCCACGACCAACCAACUGCACCGCGCCGACCGACCCGCGCCGCCACAAAGGAUAUAACCGGCGGCGGGUGCCCGUGCGUGCGCGCGACUGUGCUCGGGUCGCACCUGCCGACGGCCGCCCGGCGGUCACCUGCGGGGGGAGACCGUUUCCAUAUUGUUAUAGUAUUAUUAUUGUACUUUUCGUAUUCUUUUUUGUUUUUUUUUUUUUUUUCCUACUCUCUUCAUUCUUUCUUUUUUUUUUUCCUUCCCCUCUAGAAAACAGUAUAAUAAUUAUUGUGUUUUUCGUAUACGUCUGUCGCGCGCGCACCGGGACAAGACCCGAUACACAACGAUACUCAACGUGUGUGUAAUAACACAAUGGAAACUGCUGAAAUAGUUUUAUUGUCCCGUAAUGCCCGACCGUCGUCGUCGCGGCCGUCGGAGGGUGCAAUUGAAUACGGAAAGGAUGUCUACCAUAGUGCAGGGUAGUUCUCGCGAUUCGCGGGGGUGCUCGACUCUUUCGGACCUCCUGUGGUGCGGGACGAAUUUUCGGUGUAAGUACGCGACACGCGUACGCGCUCUUAGUUGCGCGUUCCCGCGGACCGUCGGUGCACUGGGAAACGGAUUUUUCGACAAAAAAUAUUAUGUACUAAUACAAUAGGCGGAUAUUUCAUCAUGUGUGGGUAUGGUGACCAGACGUACUGUCGUUUGAUGCAUUGUCCUGUGUCCCUAUAGCGUUGAGUACAUGCAGUUGUACUAUUUUUUUUUUUGAAAAUAUUAUGGGCUAAUACACGUUUACGAUAUUCUAGAAUUUGAUUAUUCGUUUAUGUUUAGAUAUUUUAUGGUUCGACCUAAUGCAUUUCAAACGUCUGGCAAGUGGCUGACAACUGUAGCGACAACUAGAGAACCACUGUUUGACAAAAGAAAAAAAAAAAAAACGUUGUUAACCUUAACGUCUGUAUAACCACCAGUUAUUAUAGUUUUACCUGAUAUUUAUAAUUGAUAAUAGAAAAAAUAAUAAUAGAGUAAUCAGAUAAAAAAAAAAAAUGUACACAAAUGGAGAUGAGCUAUGGACAAAAUGGGUAGAAUAGUAUAUACGUUUGCAAAUUCUUUCAAGGGAGAGUUUUUUUUAAACGAAGGACCUUAAUUUUAAAAUGUACUUUUUUUGGUUUUUUAUAUCUGGUCACCAUAUGUAUAGGUAUAAUACAUGCGAAAGUCUGCAGAGAAAUAUCUACAGCUGUGUUCCGAUCUUUGACUAAUCUACGCGCACUUGCCGAUCGAUCUAUUAUUAUAUUAGGUACACAUUUUAUUCCGGAAUUCGACCACUUAAUCAAUACAAUAUGGUGAUGAUAACGGUAAAUAUGAUUACGGGUUAUAAUAGAAGGGUGGACAUUGUGUCGAAGUAUGUGCGAUUUCGCCCAAGAUUCCAUCAGACGAGUUUUUUCUGACGUUUGUGAAUUGUAUCAAAUCCAAAGGAUAUUGAAUAUGUGACAGGGAAAUUUUGGCCCCAGAAAAUCACCGUACAAAUUGCGUAGACAUUGUUUAAUAUUAUGCACACUGUGUAACGCGUACUCCAGACGAGCCGUUUGAUAUUUAAUAACUUAACGCCGCCGCGGACUGCUGAUAAAUGAUAAUAAAUCAAACAUAAACGGUCAUAAGAAAAACGCUACUGUACCUACCGACGUGUCGAACAAUAAUAAAUUGCUAAUCAAAAAUAAAUCGCAAAAAUGACCUCCCCGUGCAUCGUAACUACAUGCGAAAAUUUAUUCGAUCUCGUAGAGUUUUCGGAAAAUUGUUUUUCGGGCUCUUUUGUCGGUCGAUGUUUUUCCCCCUCGUAAUUUUUACCGCGCAGAUUCCCGUAAUAACGCGGAACAGUUUUACGUCUGUUGCAGUCGCCGACAAAUGAAUAGUUAUGGAUAUUAGUAAUACCAGCUACCGAGUACAAAAAUCGUUAUUUAAAAGACAAAUUCUUCGUGGAUAGAGUGAACCCGUUAAACAUAAUGUAUACAAUAAUAUAAAAUGGUACAUUGUAAUUGAACGUGACCUCCUCGCGGCGAAUGACCGAACGAGACUCCAGCGGUCCGUGACGGUGCAGACGAACUCGGCUCGAUGCGAGUUUAUUGCAUCACGACCGAGAAUAUGACAAGUAGUGAGUGUAGGUAUUUUUCUAAAUCGAUUUAUUCGCGAUCCCAAAUUCGAUAUUAUAACACUAUGUUUAGGUACCCGCUAUUUACCAGUACUAACAUUACUAAAGCGGAAAUUUGUGUGUGCACGGUUUGUACAACUCAACUUCGUAAAGACUGAAAGGAUUUGGAACACAGUUACUUUAGAUCCUAUAAUAGGUCAUCUGGCACUUUUUAUUCCCAAAAAGAAUCCCAUUUCCCAUUUUCAGAUGAGCCAGGAAAACACCGGGUAAUACAGUCAGUGCAUUCCAGAGAAUCAAACCGGGUUUUAAACCUCAAAAACCGCAAAAAAAAAAAAAAAAAUCGAAACAAGGUUAAACCGGAAACCCAAAAGCCGGUGAACGCUUGAAAACUAAAACCCGGAAUUCGAAUAUUUCGCAAACCCGGUUUCUUACCAAUAAACAAAGACCCGACCAAAAUUAACCCCGGUUUACCUUUAUAAAACAACUGAAAUUAUCAUAUUAUUAUUUAUACAACUAUAAAUAAAAUAAUAAUGUGAUUCAUUAAUAAAUUGUUGAUUAUUAACUACAUAAUCUGUAAUUAUAACUAUCAAAUACUUACUACUACUAGCGUGAAAAUAAAAUUAAUACAUUUUACAACACAAAUAAAAAGUAUUAUUAUAAUAUUAUGUAUAUUAAUGUACCUAUGUAUCAAAGUUGUAUACUAUUAUUAAUCUUUUAAUUACAUCUACAUGGAAAAAAAGGUGUCCUAGGAUAAUGGAAACGGGUGCAGUCACUGUUAUAGGUAAUUAAAUUUGUAUCUGUUGGCAACGAUAAAUCAUUUCUAACGAAAAAAAAAACGGAGUUCAGUGAUGCUUUGUCAACAAUAUAUAUUAUGUCAUAUUUUGGUAAAAUUAUUUUAAUAGGUAUAAUAUAUUUUCUUUAAUAAUAUUUGUUUAAUGUUCCGAUUUUUCCGGAAGUACUUUCCCAGUCAGAUUUCCUUCCAGAUAAAAUGCUAUCAUUGUAAAUCGGAGCAAAAUUACUAGUAGAAAAAAUGUCACAGUAAAAAUAAUCGUAAUAUUUUACUAAUAUAUUGUGUACAUCUUCCCGAUCCUUUUUUUUUUUUUAUAAAAAAUUGAUUGAUGUAUUCAUAAUACUUAAUUGAAAUCGAGAUGUACGGUAUCUUCUAAUAAUUAUUGAAGAUUAUUCUCUUGCUCUCGGAGAAACAAACUUAAACGAAUCAUUAAAAAAUACGGACAUACUUCGUACGAUGGGUGUGUCACUGUUGUAAGUGAGAAGUCGGGAAGGUAGGAUAUAUAGACGAAUUUAAUAUAUAUAUAUAUAUAUAUGUAUCCAACGAUUAACUUUUGCUAACGAAAAACGAUUCUAAGCGGAAUUCGGUUAUACAUGUUACAACUGGACUACGGCAUACAUAUACUAUAAAAUCGAAAAUAUUUAGUUAUUUAAUACAACACAUAUAAUAUCCGCAUAAUAUUAGAACUUGAAAAAGCUAUGAUUUCGAAAUUAAGUCAGUGCGCUCAAUUUUGACUCCGCCAUUGUUUUUAAAUCGGCAAUAGGUAUACAUAUAAUUAAAACAAAAAAAAAUUGAAAAAUUUGCAUGGACCAGUAACUAACUUGAAUUUAUUCCACAUAAUUUUUACUCAAACAAUUUUCGUCAAAGUUUGAUAUAAAAUGUCUUUAUACAAAAAAAUACUACAUCAAGCUCAAAUUUUUUCUAGUUGGACAUUAAAUUAAAUUAAUAAACCUCCAGUUAAAUUGUCAAACAUUUCUGUUGGGUCUAAUUAUUUUAUCUACAAAGUGUCUACCGAAUAAAAAUUACUUAAAAAACGCGCAAAAUUUAAAUGUCUAUAUAUAUAUAUAGCUCAAAAAUAGCUAUAAUGUUUUGAAAAUUUUACCACGUUUAAAAAAGACAAAUGUAAGUUUUCUGUCCAAGUUUCAAGUCUUCAAAACUAUGUAUGUAAAGACAUACAUAGUUUUGAAUUACAUAACUCUAGAUAGCUUUAAAACCAAUAUCAACCAACCUACAAUUGAUAUCGUAUAUAUUAUUUCUUAAAGGUUUGUUUUGGUAAAAUACUUAUUUUUUUUUUUUUUAAACAGAAAUCGAUAAAUAAGAUACUUUUUCUAAUAAUUAAGUAUCUUACCGCUGACGAAUCGUUAAUUUCAAUAAUUGCACACUGUUUUUUGGUUAGAUUUGUGGCAUGGCAAUACAAUUAUCGUAACGAAUGGUGUGACUAGACUUUUUCAGAGGGCGUUGCUGAAAUAUUCUCAAAGUAUUAAAAAAAAUCGACAAUAGUAAUGGUCUGAUUAACAAUAAUAUAACAUCAACCCAAAUGCAGUAUGCACGUCUUUUUACUAUCUGUGAUCGCAUAUUUUGUUAACUAAUCUGGGAAAAUCAGGGAUAGUUGGGACAUUUGAAGUGCCGUUUUAAACACACAAAUUAGGUUGCAUUCGAGAGAGUCCAAGAAGUCUAAAUAUCCCUCUCAGAAAUGUUUUCAAAACUCAGAAUUCAUAAAUUUGUACAGUAAUUUGUAAGUUCACGGUUUUAUGGGAAAAAAUUAAUGUUUAUUUCACACGAAUAUGUGAAAUUGUAUUACACCUGAAAUAGCAAGGGGACACGAACACUAGAGAGACUUGAUAAAUAAUAGUUAUAGCUAAGUAGGUAAUAUAUUUCUCUAUUUAUUCCGUGGGAAACUAUAUAUAGAUAAUAGUAAUAUCAACAAAGCAUAAAAAGGAAAAACAUACCAACGUCACGGUCGCCUCGAUAAAAUAGAUAACUGUGGCCUAGAUAACUGGUUAAUGAACGCCAAAUACUGUACAUGUUUGCAGUAUUUAGUAAUGGAUAUUGGGUAGUUUUAUUACACAUACCUAUUCUAAAUCAUUAGGUAGUCACGGCAGUUUGAUAUUAGAUUGAUAUAGUAAUUUUACAUUAAUUAUAUUGAACAACAAUUCAAUUAUCUAAUGUAGGUAUAUAAUUACACCCUUUCAAACCAUAUAUAACCGGACUUGGUUCAGAAUCGUUUUCCGUUAGUAAUGGUUUAUCGUUGUGCACAGAUAUUAAUUAACUAACAUUUUUUUUUCUAUCUUCCCAACUUCCCAAUUACAACACUGGUACACUCAUAAACAGUAACAGCUCUCUUUCUUCUUUUUUUUUUUUUUUGGUUUAAUCGGAUACGAUACUUUUACUGAGAGAACUACGAGUAUUAUAAACUUAUCUCAACUUACCUUACUUACUCGUGUUUUACUCUGUUUUUUUUAGCCGAAUUAUAAUAAAAAAAAACAAAAUCGAACAUAACGUAAUUGCUGUAAACUUUAUAGUUUUUCCUACGUAUUUCUCCAGUUUAUCCCAAUUAUUAAUAAAAGAACAAAGAAAAUCAAAAAACGAAUAUCUUUAAUAUGCUACUCUUAGAAUUCAGAUCAAAAUUUCUAUAAUAGAAACAUCAAAUUUAAAUAAUACAAUUUUUAAUACCGUAAAUUUAUUCAUUUUUUCUAAUUAUUAUGAAAAGUAUUAAAAAAACCAUAAAAUGAUCUUCCAGAAAUAAAAUUCUGCUACUUUUCGUUAAAAAAAUAGUGUGCACGAAUUUCUCAUGCAUACAAAAAAACGUAAUUGGCACAUUUUAAUUUAAUGUUAGAGCCUUUAUUCUGCUAUUUUCUGUUAUUGUCAAAUUUAUUACUCAUCGAAAGACCAAAAAAUAAAAAUACCUAAACACAUAUUUUGAAGGCGGUAAAUUCGUUAUUAUGAGUCACACUUUUCUAUUAGUUUUUAUUGGUACCUUCGUGCCCAUUAUGAAGAAUUAGAAGGGGUACGCUAAGAUAUAUUUAGAAAAGAAAAUGUACUCCGUCUUUCCGUGUCCCCUCUGUCAAUUCAAGUAAUGAAUUUAUAUUCAAAAUGUGUAACAAUAAAUUUAAAUAUAUUAUAUAAAUGGGUGAUUCUUGUUUUCGCAUAAACCUGCAUGCGAUUAUCUAUACGAUUAGGCAAAGUGCUUACCUAAUAGUUUAAAAAAAUAAUCUAUGAUUUCUGAAUGAAAAUAAUAUUGGAUUUACUAUAAAAAUCUCAUAGUUAAAAAGCCACUGAAUUUAUCCUGAAUUUAUUUCGGUGUGGAUUUUUCAAACUGCAAUAUUUGUUUAAAUUAAAAAUAAUAAUAAUAGUUGUAUUUUUACUUGUUUUAGUUUGUAUUUUUAUAACAUUAACCCGUGCAAAUAUUUGGUAAACGAAAAAUCGACAUAAUUACUCAAAUUGACCGUUUACCGCCCUAUGAUAGUGAAAAGCCAUAAUAUUUUCCAGAAUGUUAAAAACCCGGAACGUAAUGUCCCGGAAGUAAGUAAAACCCAGCGGUUCCUAAAUUUCUAAUGUAUUCUAAUAGGUAAUUGCUGAAGAUUGUUAGCAACUGCGUUAUUUGUAUUAAUUUUACAAUGGCGUUUAUUUAUAUUUAUUUUAUUUCAUCUCCAAACACUUAGCAAAAUGGACCUAAAUUUUCGUCCAGUAUGUCUAAAACCUCCGGAUUUGGUAUCUGAAUUUCAUAUUCGUUAACAUAUUUUAGAAACCACUGAUAUUUUUCUGGUUUAUUGCGUUCGGGAUUUUGAUAGGCCUCUUCUACAAUGAGUUCCAUCACGUCCGUGAAUUUGUCCCCUCUUCACCUCGGUCUAAUGAAUUCCAGACCUGUUUCAAUGUUUAUCAACUUUUUGCAAUAAAUGAAUCAGAAUUCGCAAAUAAUUAUUUUUGACGUAAUCGAAUUGUCGAAGUAUUAAUUUUGGGGAGGAGGCCAAAAUCUAUUUUACGCAGCCUAACUUUAUCCGAUCGAUUUCGGACUUGUGCCAAUAUUUUGCAAUUCAUUUGCGGCUAUUCCCAACGUAGCGCAGGCAAUCGAAAUGUACAACUCAUUAUUUCGUUCCGAAAACAUCGUAAAUCCACCGUCUACUCGUCCUAUCGCGUCAACAAGACAAACAUAUAAUAAUAUAACUACUUCGUUGUGACGAAACACGUACCUGUGAAUUGAAACGUUCAAAAUUGAAAUCAAAACGACUAUUACGUUCUCAAGAGUGCAAAUGUGAAGAUAUGUUUAUAGUUUCUAUUCAUCCUAUUAUAUAGAGUUAUAUUCAUCUAUUGGACGGUGAAGUAAAUUUUUUUUGUUUUUGCAAUUGCGAUUUUGUUCUUAAACGAUAUUUAACGCGAUAUUUACAUGAAAUUGUAUGUGAAACGCACGUUAAACUGUUUUUUUUUUUUUUUUUAAUUAUUAUUAUUAUUAUUUUUUUUUUUUAUGCAAUCCUACUCGUCCGUUUGGCACGAGUUAUCAUUAUUAUAUAAUUAUAUAUCUAUAGGGAUCGGAUGUCGGCUCGCGACUAUAUAACGCCAACGGGACAGGUACCCAUUAUACACGCGGACGAUAAUAAAACAUUAUUUGUUUUUAUUGUUGGUUUUUUUUUUUUUUCCAAAACCCUUUUAUGUACACAUAAUACGGUUUUCACGGGCAUUUCAGAACUCUUCCCCCCGUCCCGCCCGCAGUGUUAUAACAGUGAUCUAGUAUUGUUUCGGACAUUUAUUCGCCGUGUCGCGGAUUCCCCUUCCCCACUAUCCGCCGCCCACCCACCGACGAAAUAUCGAUCCGGAUAUCGGCUAUCGAAAACGGCGAGGAAAAAAAAAACGAAAUACGAAUAAUUCACCCCGUGGCUACGGCCACGGUCUACGUUGGUAAAUUACAGGUAAGUAUACCCGCGGCACGGUAUACGCGGUUUGUAUAGGUGCACCGCCUAAUCUAUAAUUCAAUACGUCCCGCGCGUAUACUUAUCUCGCGCUUGACAAAUGAAUAAAUAAAUACGGUAGGUGCCCGGCCCGGGCCGGUGUCACGGUCUAAUCGGUAGGGAGAAAAAAUAAAAAAAAAAAAAAAAAAAAACACCCAAAAAAACCGCACGCGCUCCGGUACACUCCGGUACGGUUACGACACUGUUAUCGACGGCCGAGUUCGGAUCCACGUAAUCACGCGCGAGCGCGACGAUAACACGAAUUGUAUACGGUUUCGCGUUUGUUUUUACUGUGUGUGGUUUUGUUUUCUCUCGCCUGCACCUUUGGCGCCGUUAUCGCGUAUACCUUUAUAACACCGGCGCCCGCGGGUACGUGCGUUUCCGUAACAUUUUCGUGCGCUCGCAAUUUUACAACGCUGCACAGUUUAUCGCGUUACGGAGCGCACGCGCACACGGUAACGCACGCAAAUGUGUUCGCCCGAAAAAAAUUAUUAUUAUUUUUGUUUUUUUCCGAAAAAACCCGAUUCGAUUACAGUUUUGAAAAUAAAUCACAAUAGUAUCACGCCGUUCACAUGGAAUAGAUAUCCGUGAUAUGGUGUUGCACAGAAGUACCCGUUUCGACGUUGGUCUCAAUAUAAUAUACGUCUGCUAAUAUUGUAAAACAUGAUCGCGUGGCGUUCACGCCGGUAACAGUACUGCGCGAAACUUGCGAAUUCGCUCGCGCGGUUUAAAACUUAUAACAACCAUCGACAAUUGUGUUCCCUCUCCGGAAAGCGUGCAGUUGCAACUGUACACUUUCAAAAUCUUCACUUUCGAAACGGUUCAAAAUUAAUUUCGACGACACAUUGGGUAUAAACGAUACGUUUAACGGUUAUAUCUAGAGACGAUUUCAGGUAUAGACAAUAUUUUCUACGGCGAUUCGGGCGAUAUUAGACAAACCCCGCGAGUGCCUAUAACACAAUAAUAUAAUACAGCAAACGUUUUUUUUUUUUUUUUUCCUAUCGAAUUUUCCCCGAAAAUAGAAACUGUUACAGUGCGUGUGUAGACGCAUUUGGGCGCAUUUAGUGGCUGCUCUUGGACCAAAAGAGCUCAAACCCGGCGAUUAGAAUAUUUUGUUUUAGCCCGAUCGAAGUGAUGCAAUUUUGUUGCCGGAGUGGAGCAUGUAUUUUUAUCUUUGUACUCCUACAGACCCCUCAAAAGAAGCCCGGAGGAUUUCAUUUGUUUACACGCAUAAUGUAAGUAUCCGAGGAUGGGUGGUCUUUUGGCGGUUUCAAUUUUCAACGCCCUUCCCGGCCAUUUUUUCACAGAAAAUAGCGCGUUUAAAAUACCCGUGCAGACUCGUGAAAGUAUGUAAAUUGGUUAAAAUGUGUAUAUGCGAAUAGAAUUGUUAUCGAGGAUGUGCCUUUGUAGAAAGUUUGAGGUUCCAAUCCCUGACCCCGCCGUCUAUUUGUAUGUUAGAAAAAAUCUAACCUAUUUUGAUAAAACUUUUUUAUUCAAUUUCUUAACAUUAUAAAAAAAAGUUGAAAUAUGAUUACGGCAACAGGUCGGCCGGGGAAAAUCGACUCAAGUGACGGAGAUCUGCUGCUCAUGUUUAUUUAUAAAUUGUAUACUAGUUAUUUUGGUGAUGUACGUAAAAAAAAAAAAAAAAUACAAUAUUUGCUCAAAAAUACGAAUACAAAAUAUAGAUAUCUAAGGUUAGGAAUAAUCGUUUCUUUAAUUUUGUUUCUGAUAAUAUUAAAGGAUCAGGACACAGAGUUAAAUCAUUAGAAUUGUACACGAACCUAGGUAGUUUAUGUAUAAUCAAUCAACAUUUGAACGACCCGACUACCCGAAAGGUACGUUAUAUAAAAAAAAGUAGGUGUAUAUUUUAUUUGAAUAUCAGGUUGUGUCUCUGGGGAAAAAACGUCCUUUUUGCCGUUUUUACCGUACUUGACCCGUCAAGUCAAAAUAUUAUUGAGUACGAAGAUUGAUGGCGUUAUAUUUGCACGUAUUCAAUAUAAAGCCUCGAGCGUUUACUUUUUACAUUAUUUCCACUAUGUAUCAAAGAAGAAAAACAUAAAAAUACGCGUACCAUUUAAAAAAAAAAAAAACAAAUACAAAUACAAAUAAUUUUCUUGUUCAAUUAUUUAUAGGAUUAAAACUGGCAAUUAAAUAUUAAUAAAAAUGUAUUUUUACUAUUUGUUGUUUUUUUUUUUUUUUUUAAUUAAUUUUACGCUUUAUGUUUUCUACAAGAUAUUUUGCUUUAAUCAAAAAAUGCCAAGAGAUCUUUUAUUUUGCCUUUUAGAUAUACCUGGUGAAGAAAGUAAUCCGUUUUUUGAUUUUUCAAGUAGUUUUCAUAACUAUUGGGAAAAACUGGGAAAAGACAAAUAAAGAACGGGAAAGUUUACAGUUAUAAUAUGGUCUCAUUGUUUUAAGCUGUUGUUGUUUUGUUUUACUAUAUUGUGUAACAUUAAAUUUAAAUAUUUUUAAAUCAUUUAAAAAUAUUCGUAAAAAAAUUUCGACAAAAACUUAUGUUGGCCUUUUUUUUGUCGUGGUGAAAUUUUAAAAAUAUUCGGAACAUAUUUUCGAGCUAUUAAUAAACAUUUUACGUUUUUUAGUUUUCGUGUAGUUUUUACAGUUUUUCUUUGAUAGGUACGAUGUGUAGGUACAAUUUAACACGAGUUCCAUUAUAAGUUGUACUUAGUAGUGAAAAAAUUAAGUUAAGCGUAAUGUAGUAGUUUUUUUUCGUAAAUUCGUUUUAAAAUCAAAUUUUGAUAAAAAUCGUAAAUACUACGUCAUUUCAAAACGUGUGUAUUAGAACUUCACUCUGAAUCAUAUUUCGUUAGCAAUGGUUUAUCGUUGCUUAUAGAUAUAUGUUCAAAUCUUUAUGUAUCCUACAUUCUCAACUUCCCACCUAUAACAGUGGCGCACCAUCUUCUUUUACCACUUUUUACCAAGUACAACUUACAAUCAAAUGUCAUGUCGAACGUACAAGCGCAUUUCUGUUUGGUCCUGACAAUUAAAUCUACACAGUACCUAUAUACCUAUACCGAAAAACUCGAAAAUCUAAAAUGCUUGUCGCCACGUCUAGAAAUGAUCGAUAAUUUAAAUUUCACAAAAAAAAACGUCUCCGGUUUUCGAUUGGUGUGAGAUUACUGGCGUGCAUCGUUAUUAAUCUUUCACCGUUGAAUCGUUCACCGAACAGUCGCGAUCGCCGAAGUGCGAUGCGUAUUCUGUUCGGUACAUUAUUACGCGCGCUAAACGGACAGAGAAAACGGUAAGACGACGCGUAGAGGCCCCGCGAGGAAAAUAUUGUGCAUUUCUCUUUUAAUAUUCGCUGCGCGCAAUCGCUUCGUGCGUAUGUGCGUGCGUGUACGCGCGUGUGUCCGCAGGUGAAAAGCGCCGCAAUCGGGCGCCGUGUUUUACACCCGAUUAUCCCGAACGAGACGAUCCCGAACCCGAUUAUGGAGUUGUCGGUUUCGGGGCGGUUCUCGCCACGGCGAUGUUAUCAUUUCGUGUUUACACGGGGCAAAGACGUAACGUGACGGACUAACAGGCCGUGGUAGCCUGUUGUGUGCGUGCGUACGUGUGACGUAUGUGUGUUCGUGUGUGUAGUGUAGUGUAGUGUGUGGUUAUAACCCGAUCGCAAUGCUGUUGCAGCAGCAGCAGCAGCGGCGGCCGCUGUCGCUCCGUUACGAUGACGUAGACGGUGUGGCACGCGGCCGUUCUCUAAGCGGGGAGGGGAAGACGGGAGGGGUAGCGGUUGGUGAUGAGGGCGUAAGAGGGUGAGGCGGGUGAACGGAGUUACGAUAUUAUUCACGGUUUUUGUACGGCGGCGGCCGGCCGUCGACGGCGUACGUGCGUGCGUGCGGACGCCCCUGUCCGCGCGCGUACACGCGUGUGUGCGCGCGCGUGUGUGUGUGUAUGGUGGCCCCGAGUUCCGACGACAGUUAUUAUUAUUAUUAUUAUUAUUAUUAUUGUGCCGUCGCCGUGGAGUAGAUUAUCGGCGGCGGCGGCAUCGACGGCGACGACGACGACGACGACGACGGUCGGCGCGUACAGCGAUCGGACGGAGGCGCGCGCCGAGCGAAGAGAGGAGAGAAAAAAAAAAAAAAGUACAAUAAAAUAAAAAAUAACCGGCCGACAACUACACUACUACUAAUACUACUAAUACUACUAAUACUACUAAUACUACUACUACUACUACUAUUACUACUAUUCUACUACUACCAGUGCACUGCUAUAGUACACACUGCUAAACGCUACGGCCGCGACGAACCAGUAAUCAGUAUUACUACGACCGCGACGGGAAUCGUAACCGAGAUCGCCGCCGGUUUCUCUCUACACCGCACAGCAGUACGGUUACGGUACGCUGUCGCUUAUUAGCGUACGCGUUCCCCGCGCGCCGCCCCUCCCGCCGUCCGCCCGCGGUCAUCCCCUCGAGCGGCCGACGGCGCCGCGCUGCGCCCCCCCCCCUGCCCCCCGCGAAUCCGUUUUACGCGUACAUUGUCGCGGGAUAAAAAAUAAUAACAGUAAUAAUUAUAUCUAUCGCCCGCGUAGAGUAUACGAUUUCGUUGUGAUAUCGUUGUUUUCCGUUUGGUGCUCGAAACGUUUAGCAUUUCGAAAUAUUCCAAACAUCGUAUUUCGCGCGAUACACCGCAUUGUUAUUGUCUGUUAUUCGAACGUCGCGUAUUUUUUCGGUUUUGUUUUGUUUUUUUUUUUUUUUUUUUUUUUCUGUUGCUAUCCGGCAAACGAAAUAUUAUAAUAUUUUAUUUUACGUUCUCGCGGCCGCGCGACGUGUCGUACGCGGGUACCGUUCGGCCGUCGCCGUCCACCGCAGCGUGCCGUCUUACGCGCGCCAGUGCGCUCUGUUCCGCCGCCCGCCGCCGCCGCCGCCGCCGCCGCCGCCGCCGCCGCCGACGGUCGCCCGCCGCCGCCACCCGGCGCGCUUUUACCAUUUAUUUUUUUUUUUUAUUCUCUCUCUACUGCCGUCCGCUAUCCGACUCGGUGUUUUUCGUCGACACUGUCGUCCGCGCAACGAUCACAAGAGCACGUUAGCCGCUGCCGCCGCCGCCGCCGCCGCCGCCGCUGCCGCCACCUAUGCCGUCUCACCGCCGUUUGAAAAUGUCCCGGCAAAACUUUUGAUUUUCUGCGCCCGACAACGGUUUUCGAAUCGGACGUGACGCCCGCCAGGUAAACGGUUUUCCGUCCGGACGCGGACGUCGUACCCGUUAAAUACGUAUUAUACGUAAAUAACGUGAAUUAUUAUUAUUAUUAUUAUUAUUAUUAUUAUUAUUAUUAAGUGUAUUAAUACACAUUAAUAUACAUUAUAGACGGUUUCAACGCUGGCGAACCACAUUCGAAUGAGCGCGUUUUUCGCGUUUUUCAACGGCCUUUUUUCACACACGCACCCCUCCCCCCGCCACCCCGAAAAUAUUAUCCGUAUGUUACAAUCGGAUCGUCUAAUACGGCACCCAAAACCGUUUGGACGAGACGUGCCGGCGACUGUCGAGUACCUCUACCCACCCAUAGCCGUAGCUAAAAUACCAUUAUGUUGGGCACCCGGGCCGUCACACGUCACCCUGGCGCACGGGAAAACCGGAAAAAAAUUUCCGUCGACAUUUCGUUCUCCCGUUGAGGUGCCGCGUGCCGAUUGUUUGUCGGCCGUUUAAACUCGACGUGAACCCCGGUGCGCCGACGGUUGCGGAACCGUCCCCGCGUGCAGGGCCGAGGGCUGCGCGCAGCUGGUUCCCCUCGAUUUUUUUUUUUCCUUUUUAUUUUUUUUUUCCCGCCGUCGGCACACCGCAUAUUGUCGUAUCACACCGAAUAACCCCCGGCCCCCUACCCCCCCAAUUCGGGGCAUCGGCCGUUCGAAACGGUGUCUGCAACGUUCUUCCCGCGAAACACGUGAAAUACUUAACCGCCGCACACGGUACCCGAUGUCUGGACGGUCCAGCGCGAUUCGAUUUCACGACCGUGUAAUGCGCGUACGCGCCCCAGCGUGCACGCGUCACGUGCGAUCAAACGCGGGGUUCGCGCAGUGGGCCUUUGACCGGGAGGAACGGCGAAACCGACCGUUUCUCCUGUCGCGGGUCUGCAGAAAAAUAGGCACCCGUAUGACGAAUAUUGUUUGGUUUUGUUUUUUUUUUUUUUUUUUUUUCUGUCCGGCCCGGCCGACUUGGUUGCGGAACGUUCGGCGGCCCGACAUUUAAGUCGCCCGGUCGUACGUGCGUGGGUCGGCUAACUGUGUACCGUACCUGUAGACGACGCGAAAAUACCCAUUACGCGUUUUCGAAGUUCCGCGGCUACGCGCGGAACCGUCCGGCACCAACUGUGGUGGCCGUGCGUGUGCGCUAGACGCGAACCGGAUCCGAACGACCCUCGCCGAUUUCCGAGCUUCAGCCGAGAACGGCCGGGUCGACGGACCUGUUCGCCAACCGAUUGUUUUUCUAUUUCCAAACGCCGACGUGUCCGCGCGGCUUUUCGUUUGCGCAGUGCGUAACGCGUAGCGAUGUUAAUUCGCCGAUUGCGCGCGUGCACGGCGCCCGCACAGCGUGUUUCAGCGUAAAAAUUACGAUUCGGCCCGCAACGCGAAAAUACAUUGUAAAUUUGCAUUUACAACAACUGUUACGCCUGCCCGUACAGGCGGCGGGUACGGCCGCGAAACGGCCGGAUGCCAAAUCGCAGGAUAUUUAUAAGGGCUGGGCGCAGUGUACGCCGCGGCUACUGAACCGCGUAGCCGCGGCCAUGUGCCCGCCUCCGCGGACAAUGAACAGAAACACAACCGACUUUUUUUAUAAAUUUCCCCCGCCCCCCUUUGAAUUUCGCCCACAGUCUCUCAGUGCGGGUGCCGCCGCGAGUAUCCAUUUCAUGUCGAGUGCCGGGAAUCGCGGAAAUAUCGGUGUAGAUAUAAUAGGUGUACGGGCAACUGGGAAACAAAUUUGAAAAAAUUAAAAAAAAAAACCAAGCGCGAAAUAACGUGGAAAAAAAAAACACCAACAGACGAUAAAUACAUUUUAACAAUACGCGUGUAAAAUCAAUACAAAGGUACAUGUGUAUAAUGUAUUUCAAACUCGAAACAGCAAAUACCUGAACGAUAAUUAUCGUUCAGUCGCAUCGCACGUGCAACUAUCGUUACGCCUAGCCAAUCGAUAUUGCAGUUAAACGGAGAAAAAGAAAAAAAUUGCCGCGCGCACGUAUAGCCUCGAUUUUUUUUUUUUUUUCGCAGCCGUACUGACCGUAAUGUCAGCGGGGUUUACGAUUUUUCCCGAAAAGACGGGACAAUAUCCAUAUUUCUUCCAUUUCAUUUUUUUUUUUUUUUUUAUUAUUAUUAUUAUAUUUUGGAGAAUAUACAGCGCACGUACACUGUUACGGUCUUUUUAUCGACACGUCAAAAAUAAUAAUAAUAAAAAAAAAAAAAAAAAAACAUUAAAAAAUAUUUAGAUUUUUGUGUUUCACUUAACGACGGUGUGCAACAUCAUUAGACUUUUUAACGGGCGAACUCCGAAAGUGUCUACAGCCGUAUUUUUAUGGCGUGUUCAUUUUGGGACCGCGGUCGGGUAUCUAAGACAACGUCUAAAGACUCUCCCAUACGCUGCGAUACCAAAAACCGCGGUUUCCGUCGUCACGAUAAAAACACGUCCGUCAACACCGAAGUGUACGGACAAAAAACCAAAGCGUGUGUACAGUUUUGGACAAGAAUAUUGGAAAAAAAAUAAAAUAAUAAUCGUCUUAAGACAUACACUGCGGUUUUUAUUUCUGUCGAGUCUUGAUUUCAAACACGACGUGUUUAACCGACGAUGUAAACCGUCGUUUUUUACCGCGGUGUAUGCCUGGAGACAUUUUUUUUUUUUUUUUUUCUGUUCAAUACUGUACGCGGACGCAACUAUGCGGGAUAUCAGUUAACAAUUCAAUAAAUAAACACGUUUAACCGAAUAGGUGAUUUCGCCGUAGACGAUAUUAUCCAUUUGUAAAUGUCAGCUAGACUUGCAGGACGAUGUCUAAAUUGUGGCAAGACCGCUAUGAAUGGGUUUAGCACGAGGUUGGUUUAUCGUUAUUUGAACACUCGUGAUUCGAUAACAAUCGCAAGAUGCUGAUUUUGUUGCAUAACGAUGGGUUUGCCGAAACUUAAAAAAAAUUAAUUUGAUCGUGUAUUGUAAAUAAAAUUGACGGAAGAAAUGAAUCUCUUCCAUCAGUUUCGAAUCUACUAUUCAGAAUUAGGCACCCUUUUGGAGAACGAUAUUAGUAAAUCGGUGAAGCAAAAUAAAAUGAAUGUUAGUUAGAACGCAAAAUGUCAGAAUUAAAUUUGUGAAGCUCGAUGUAACUACGCCCUUCUUCGCCUGUCGAGAUAAAAUAUAUUUUGCAUUAGUUAAAUAAAAAUUGCUCCAUUUUUUUGAAAAUAUAGCCAUUCACGAGCUAUUGAUAUUUAUAAUAGGUGUUUUCUCUGUUGCAGGUACUUACUCAAAUACAAUGGAAGUUUUAAUUACAAAAGAAUUAGAUAAUGUCUCGACAUUAUUACAAACAGAACAACCCGAUGAAUCCAAGUCCAACGUCGUACAAAAUAUUGAUAGUAAUUUUAUUGACGUUGAUAGUACGAAUAUUAUGAACAUUGACCAAGUCAAUAAUGACGAUGUGUCUGAUGUAUUAAACACAAUAUCCAAGUGCCUGGAUGCUCCAAAAGUGCUAUCUGAUUCAGAAUUAAUCGUUCAAAAUUUAUUAUUUGAUAUAAAACCUGAUGAAUUUAACUUGAACAGUUCUGACAACAAAACAAACUUAGAUUUUAAUACAAAAUCCUAUAGUAGCAAUGACAAUCUAUGUAUGACCUUGCCCACAUCUACUUCUUUCAAUACUCCUAAUGAACCUCUAGUUCUUUCGUGUGCAGAUGAAACGAAUUACUUUGAUGUAAAUAAUAUAUUUACGGCUAGUAAAAAACGAGGGUUUUCAAUUGAAGAAAUUAGUAAAGAUGAAUCAUCGCAAAAUAGCCAAAGCAUGUCAACAUAUUCAAAUGAUUAUACUUGUUUUUUAAGUGAACAGACAGAUACUAUAAGCAAUUUAACGCCUUUUAAAAGAAGCAAUAGUUAUUUUUUUGAUUCUCCAGUAAAAAAGUUAUGUACUACUAAAUUGGCUAACGAGGAAAAAUCUAGUAAGGUGUCUAGUGGUAGUUUGUACACUAACGAAAAUGACAAUAAAGUAUACACCGGAUUUACUAGCAUUCAAAACGAUUUAGAGGGAGAUUGUAUACCUGAUCGGUAUGAUGGUAGUGAUUCAGGAUUUGGAUCUGAACUAGCUGAAGAAAAAAACACUACUAAUUUAGAAGCACCAGUUUCAACAAUUUCAACGAUUUUACCAUAUAAUAAUGAUUUUACAUUAAAUCAAGAAUCGAGUUUUGAAGAUUUACAAAGAACUUCAAACGAAUUUUUAUCGGCAAUGGAAGUAUUAAAACCAAAGUUUUCCGAUUCUAUUCUAGACACCUGCUCACUGGAAGUUGGUAGUAGUAAUUAUGGGAUGGUUAAAGGCAUAUUAAAACACAACAGACCAAUCAGUUAUGGCGAUUUACCAUCCAAUGAAGUGACAACAGUGAAGAAACGUAGAAAUAUAAAUUUUGCAAAUGUAACAGUCUUUUACUUUCCUCGUGUUCAAGGAUUUACAUGUGUUCCAUCUCAGGUAAUUUAAUGUUUUGAAUAAACUAGAUAAAGUUUGUCUACAAAUAUAAAUUUCACAAUAAUUUAUUAAGUAGGAUAGACAUGUAAUUUUAACAUAGACAUAAUUUUUCCAAGUAAAUUAAAAAAAACAAAAUUCAUAUAGGCAGAUUCCAUUAUAUUCUAUUAUUAUUAUUAUUAUUAUUUCUAUUCCAUUUUUUUUUUUAUUGUAAAUAGUUAUAUUAAUUAGUGUCUCAAAUGCAAAAAAAAAAAAGAGUUAAGAUAUGUGAAUGUGUGUAUAUGUAUAUAGUAGACCAGUAGGCCUGGAUUAAAAGGGGGGGAGUAAAGGGACCUAUGUCCCCGGGGUCCACGACAAAAAAGGCCCACAUAAACCAUAUUAUUAGUUGAAUAAAAUAUUUGACGAUUUUUUUUUUUUUACCUAUUUAUUCCAUUUUGAUAGAAUAAGUCUCUUUAUUAAUAUGGGCACCCGGGCGCCUGUUGUUACACGAUAGUGUCAAAUUAUGUUACAUUACCAUAUUUGUCUGGAAAAUAUUGCUGUUCCGCAUGACUGGAGUUUCAAUAUUAUUUUCACUUAAGUUAAACGAUCGUGGGUUUGACGAGGUUAGUAUGUAAUGUUGAGUGGAUAAUGCGGUGCUGAAGGACCCUGCUACUAUGUAACUAAAUAAAAACAAAUAUUACUUUAAGGAAAUAAUUUAAUUUUAACAUAUUACACUCUCAAACUAAAAAAAAAAAAAAACAAAUGAUUAAAUUUUAAUUUAAAUGUUUAACCCAGAAAAUUCGAACUUUUUCCCUAAUGCGAUCAAUCUUGGGUUAAAAUGUAAAAUUAUAAUAAUAAUCCGCUAAUCUGUGUUUAGAUGUAAAAUGUGCUUAAAGUAAAAUAAAACAACAAAAUAAUUAUACUUAUUAUUUAACUGUAAGACUACAGAUAUUAAAUUUAAAAAAUUGUAUUUUUUUUAGGGUGGUUCAACUCUCGGAAUGACAAGAGUGCAUAGUUCAUCACGUGUUUUUUCACUCCCUGAAUAUGUCGCAGAACAACGUAGAAUACGUCGAAACUUGUUUCAGCUAAGUCAGUCCGAAGUGACUGUCACCAAUAGUGAUGACAGUGAUAGUGAUGUAGGUGCAGUAGAUGUUUUUUCUGAAUCUGAAGCUGACUUGGAUUCAGAUAGCAAUGGAAGUUUUUUACAAGUAAAAAUUAUUCUUAUCUAAAUUUAUGAGAAAAAACAUAACAUAAGUUUUAUUUUUUUUUUUUUUUGUAUAUUAUUAUAGCCUGUUCCUACACGACAAAGACGUGCUUUAUUGAAGGCGGCUGGUGUUGAAAAAAUUGAUUCUUCAGAAAAAGACGAUUGUAAAAAUAUAAGGCUAUCCAGGGAAUUUUGUGGCUGUUUGUGUCGUGGUUUUUGUGAUCCAGAUACAUGCGCUUGCUUUCAAGCUGGCAUCACAUGUCAAGUAAGGACUUCAUUAAAUUUGUUUUCAUAUUAUAUAAGAUAAAUAAAUAAAACAGGAUCUUCAAUUUGUAUAGUAGGAGUGUAUGAAUACUUCAUAUUCUAACUUUCAAAACUAUUAUAAUAGCUUAUAAAAAUAAAAAGAUCUCGUAUUCAUAUAGAAUAAAAUAAAGUGUAUUAGCCAUGAGUAUUACUAUAAAUAUAUACAUUUUUUUUAUUUUACAUGUUCUGGCAUUAUAGGCCAUUAUCAGGUAAUAAAUUAAUAAAAAAAACAAAACCGGGAACAAGAGUAGGUCAAUAAAUACAUAGAUAUAAAAUAAAAGAUUACCAAACAAGUGAUAGACAUAGAGUGUAGGUACAAACAAAUAUAUCCGUGGUUAAAAAAGGAAGGAUGGAAAAGCAAAAAGAAAUAAUAAUAAUAAAUAUGUUUCAAUGAAAGUACACAAAAUAUGUUUUCCCCAAUCACAUCCACUCAUAGAACUGCAUUAAGUAAAUCGUCCAAUCCGUUUUUAUAUACUUUAAAACAGCUCCGUCUUACCUUUUUGCUGAACACUUGGAUUCCUUUAUCAAGCAAAAUAUCUCGACAUCCACUGUUCAUUCAAUUAUUAAUACUUAUGAUUUUAUCAAUGAAAUUAAUACAAUUAAUAUUGCCCCUGGAUACAGAAUGAUCUUCCUUGAUGUGAAAAAUAUGUAUACAUUAUACAUCAAUAUUAAAACGUGAAUCAUUUGGUAUACUUAAGGAUAAACCUUAAUAACUUUAAGUAAGAUAAAAAAGCUAAUGAAGUAAAUGAAAUCAUUAAUUUUGUCAAUGUUAUUAUCAACUAUAACUACUUCCAGUAUGAUACACAAUUAUACUCACAGAAUGAUGAAUUUAUUAUGGAUAGUCCAUUGAGUGCUUUUUUAUCCAAAUUAUAUAUGCAAAAUUAUUUUUAAUUAAAAAUAAUUAAAAAUAUUUUAAUUUGUAAUCAAUGUAAACAUUUUAUUUUGACCUUUUUUAGGUAUGUUGAUAACACAUUUGUUUUAUUUAAAAGUUCUAAUAGGCAGACUAAUAAUUUAAAGCCUCAACAAAAUUAAUUUUUAUGGACCUAACUAUAAGUUUGGUCCACAGUAAAAUUAGCUUUAGCUUUUAUGGAAAGCUUAUUCAAAUAGACAAUAUUAUUAGAAAUGAUUUUAAUCACUCUUAUACACAAAAAAUUGCAUUUAUUAAAUUCUAUUUUGCAUAGAUUUAAAUGUGUUUUCAUACACAAUGCUAACAUCUUGCAAGACUUUGGGCUUAAGAAUAAUUUUAAUUUUAACUCUAUUAACAAAACACAUGAUAAAAUAAAGAAAAACUAAUUAGUAAAUAAUGCAAUAAAUACAAUAAUACAUUGAGUUAUAGUAGUUUGAAAUUCCAAAGUUUCAUUUAUAGUAAAUAUGCUAAUGCCCUGAAUAAUAACCCUAAUAAUAUUAGAGUUUCCUUUACACCAUAUAAUAAUUUACUUAAAACAAUUAUUAAUAAAAUUAUUCCAUGUAUUAUUCUCUUUUGUCUAAUUAUAAUAAUUCUGGCAUUACAAGUUUAUAUGUAGUUGGAAUAAGUUUUAUAUAGGUAAGACAAAUAGAAACUUAAUGUUAGGUAUAAAGAACAUAUCUGAAAUUAAAUCUAAAAAAUUUGACCAAAAAGAAUUCUAACCAUUCUAUUAAUUUUGAUAUCAAAAAAGAUCUAGUUAUUUUAAACAAUCAAAACAAAAUUUAUGUCAACUCUGUGUUAAAGAAAUAACAUGUUUAUAAUAAGGUUAGAAAUAAUACAUUCAGCAAAAUUGUAACCGUUCAAACAGAUUUUAAAUGCAAAGACAUAAUAUAUUAGUAUUAUUAGAUUUAUCAGUAUUAGCCUUUAUUUAUGAUUAAUACAUACUUAUGCUGCUGCCUUUUUAUUACUUUUCUUUUCCUUCCUUCAUUUUUUAAGAGAUAUAUUUGUUCCAUACGUCUAUUAAUUGUUUCAUAAUCUAUUAUUUUAUUUUCAUUCGUACAUUUUUCCAUUAUUUUGUAUUCAUUUAUUACCCAAUAAUAUCCUUUGGCAGAUAUAUGUUGAUUGCAGACAAAUGUGCAUUGUUAUAUAAAAAUACUCAUGGCUAUUACACUUUUUUUUGUAUUUUUUAAUAAAUUAAUUUAUUAAAAUGUAAUAUUUAAUAUUAAGUCUAAGGUGCUAUUGAGCAAUAUUAAGCUAUACAACUUCUUCUAUAACGUUUAAACAGUCAAUGUUUGUAUACACACCUUGAAUGUUGGCCAGCUGUUGAAUAAUACAUGAGUAAAAUGUAAAAUAAUUUUGAUCUGUUUAAAUAAUAACAUUAUUUUAAAAUAUUCAAAUUUUUUUUAAUAAAUUUGUAAUUUGUGUUGAUGGUUGGAUUGGAAAUCCGUUCUUAUUACUUAUUUUGUUUCAGGUUGACCGUAUGAACUUUCCCUGUGGUUGUACAGUAGAUGGCUGUGGAAAUUCUGUUGGCCGCAUUGAAUUUAAUCCAACAAGAGUUCGGAAGCAUUUUAUUCACACAAUAAUGAGACUGGAAAUUAAAAAGAGAGAAGCACAAGAAGAAGAGCAUUGCAAUAAGCUAGCAAUGACAUCACCAUUUCUUUCCAAUUUUUCUUAUCACGAUUCCAGACAUAUACAACCAUAUUAUCAACCACAGCAGUACGAACGCAAUUUGAAUGAUUACAAUUAUCAUUCAUUUUUGCCUGUUUAUGAUGGCCAUCAUAUCGCCCCUGAAACCAACCCGUUAAACAAUUAUACACUUAACAGUUCGCAGAAUUUAUAUGAUCCAUACCAAUCGUUUCCAACAUUUAUGCCUCUAUCACAAGACAGACUACUAAGAGGAUCUAUUUUAGAUAACCAACCAGAAUCGUUUACUGAAUUAUUACAGCCCUAUAGUAUACAAGGCUUUGAAAGUACUGAUUCACUUGGCAUUCCUAAUAUUCCAAGUACAUCCGAAAAAGAGACUUUAAAUUUAGAAACUGAUAAUUUAGGUGAAAUUAUAAAAAACACAAUGGUUGAAAGUGUCAAUUCAUAAAACUUCAUUUUCUGGCAGUGUACUUAAACAACAAAAUGUGUUCUCUGUCUCAUUUUUAUUUUUGUUUAAUUCAAGUUAUUUAAAUUUUACUCUUAAUAUAUAAUAUAACAUUUUUAUUAGUUAUUCAAUCGCCAAGCAAACAUUUUAUAGGAAUGACCAAUACUAUUUUGUGCUAAACAUAUUCAAUUAUUUAAUGUUAUAAACAAUAUUUUGAACUAAUCAAAACUUAUUUUGUUUUUUCAUUCAAAAUUCAGAGUUUGAUUAUAUAUUUUAUUGUAUUACAUCUAUUUUAAAAUACUAAUACUAAUAUAAUCCAACAAUACAUAUUGAUAUCAUAAUAUCGGUGUAUGUAACUGUAUAAAAAAAUAAAAAUAAAAAUCAUUGCAACUAUAGUACUUAAGGCGAUUCAUUGAUUCGUCUGAAUUUUGAUUACACAAUGAGAUCUCGUAUUAAUAUUUAAAUUAUUCAUCUUGUGUUCCAUAAUUAUAUAAUUGGUUUUUUAAAUGUAUAUUUGCAUUAUUGCAUUUUCAAAAUAUAUACAAUUUUAAUUAAUAUACAAAUACUAGAAAUUAUGUUAUAAUUUUCAAUAUUGCUAUUAAAAUAUUAUUAACAACUAUUAGACAAUUAGCUAUUUAACUAAUAUUUUAUUGUUUAAUUUAAGGUGCAAGGGAAUAAGCACAUGACUUUUGAUUAAUGUGUCAUACAUUAGAAAAAAGGACAUAUAGAAAAUCUUAAAUUCUUUAGAAAUUUAAAUUUAAUGGUCUUAUUUUUUAAGUAUAUACAAUUGGGGGUUUUAUCAAUUGAGACAAUUGAAUAUUCUUCUAUAUUCUAUAAAUAAUUUUAUAUUUAAAGCAAUUACAUUAUUUAUUCUUAAUCAUAGUAUGUAAUAUCAUAGUGUUACUGUGUAUAAAUAAAAUUAAUAUUAGAUAAUAUUUAAAAUAUCAAGUUAGUAAACAUUUUCACUUAACAUUAUUUAUAAUAUCAUUAUAGUAUUAUGUUAUACUAUAUGUUUUGUUUUAAAUUCACUUUUUGACUUAUGUAAAUAAUUUUUUUGGUUUAUCUGCUAAUUUGGGUACUUAUGUACUGUAACCCCACCACAAAUUUUGCUCGAUUAUGAUACACUCAGUAUGACAUAACUCAACUGUAAGCUCAUUUCGAACUUUUAAUUGAAAAAAUAAUUCCUUAGCAAAAUUACUUCAGGGGGGUUACAUUUAUUAUGGUGGCAAAGCUGUAACAAACAAGAACCUCAAUUUGUACCCAUAAUCAAUAUUUUGUUGACUAUGUUGACAUUUACAAGAAUUAUUUUUACUUUUUUACAAUAUAUUAAAAUAUUGUUAAAAUUAUUUAAAGCUCUAGGUUGAAAUUUAUUGUAGUUAAGUAAUAUUGUAUAAACUUAUAAUACAAUGUGAAUGUAAAUUAUACCAUAUAAAUGCGCAUUCUAAUGCAAAACAGGCAAUGGAUCCCUUUGUGCAAUGUAUUUAGAUUCAACUAUUAAAAAGUGUCUUAAAAUACACUAUAGUGUUUCUUAAUAAAAAUAUUAGAUAUCUAUUCAGUUCGUUUGCAUCGAAUUUAGUUUGAACUAAUUAAACUGUUUUAUUAUUAUUAUCAAUAUUAUUGCAAUUAUUAAUAAAAUUGUUGUUAAAAUUAUUAUUAAUUUAUUAGUAUUAUUUCAAGUUUUAAAAUAUUUUUUUUAAUUUUACUGUUUGUUUUGUUCUUUUUUUUUUCUGUUCAAUAGAGUAUAUAUUGUUUUUAUAUUAGCAUUUUUAUGGAUAGACAAUCCUGAUGACAUACUUUGUGUUUCCACAAUGUAAUUAUUUACAUAUUAAAAUUAUUACUAUUGUAUAUUAUGAUAUAAUAAAAUAUUAUUAAAUAUUUAUUAAGCAUAAAUAUUGUACUUAUAAAAAAAACGUCCUCUUGUACAGGUCUUAAAGCACCUUAACAUAAGAUAGUCAAAUUUAUUAAUAUAAUAGUUAAGGAAAGCUUUUUUUUUUUUUUUAGUAUUUAGUGUAUUGUUACAUUAGAUUGUUAAUUUUCACAAUUAGUGAACCCGUGCUAUAAUCAUAAAUUUAUUUACUGUAAUAUCAACAUAUUAUUAUUAUUAUAAUGAUAUUUAUCAAAUAUACUAUGC